AUGAUUUGGUAUGUGGCCACUCUGAUAGCAAGUGUAUUCAGCACCAGAGGAACGGCCGCUCAAGGUGAGUUGAAGUGCAGUAUAUCUAUAGCAUAUGAUUUCUGCUGUGCUCGCUUGGUGAGCUUGCUGCUGCAUUUUCCCCUUUUUCUGUGUUAGCUCGUGUGAAGUGUGGGGCUUUUUUCGUUUCUAACAAAUGGCUGCAUAUCUCAUAUGUCACGUGAAAGUUCAGCCCUGCUUAAAUCGUAUCAGUGGAAACAGCAAUUGUCUUGAAACGGCUCAUAUGCAUGAAAUGUGAGACAGGGUGCAUUGGGUGCAAACGUGCAGAAUGGUUGUCCUAAUGCAAAGAUAGGCUGAUUGAUAAGGCUGCUGGUGGCUCACGGGGCCUGUAUUUGUGGGGAUCCAUGAAGGCUCGUUUGUGUGAUAAAACAAGCAGCAUAUUGGAGAUAACGUCCCCGCUGCUGAGGGGGGAAAUGUGUGCAUUGUAUCAUAGCAAGCAGUCCCAUUUGAGUUCUCCAGAGGGGUGUGACCGUCUCAGGCCUUAAGAUGGAAAAGUAACUAAAUAAUGCAUUGCAUGUCAGAUAAAAUGCACUCUUGAUUUGAUACUGCAUGCAUGGGAUUUGAAUGAAAUCCACACUGCAUAUGGAGACGGCCACAGUGCUAUGUGUGAUUCACUGAACACACACACACAGUGCAAAGGCUCCCCUGCUGCUGAUCUAUCAUAAACUGAUCAGUUGUGGAGCAACAAACUGCACAAUGUCCCCCUUUUGUUCUCAUUUUCCCCUGCACUCUGUAUUGACCCAUGUACUUACUUAACCUUGCUUUUCCACUCUUGUCCAGAUGAGGGAGACAUGUGCCAAGCAGUCGCUUGGUAAAUGAUCCCAAUGACCCCUCAUAUACCCAGUCAGAACUGGUCUGCUCACAGGUCUAGCUCCUCCUGCAUUGAUAAGCAUGUUUAAGCUGAUAAAAAUGUAAAAACUUUCUGAAACAUGUUUGAUUUACUAACAUAGAGCCUCUCAGUGGUCUGACUGAUCUAAGUAGAAAUUCUCCAUCUUAUGAGGGGAUAGAUUUGGCUUAAUAAUAACGACUCUGAAGGUGUUGUCUGUUAUCGACACUGCAAUGAAGGUGAUUUACUUCUUUCUGCACCAAUGAGUCUCAAAUCACAACAUAGUCUGCGAGUAAUUACAAACGAGCCAGUCUACUUCCUCUACAGUGUCUGAACCCAGUCUGAUGCAACACAGAGUUUCUGAGAUGUAUGUGAACACUGACUGUGACUCAUUUUACACUUGCAUAUGCUAAUUAGAGGGAUAAUGCACCAAACUGUCACCAGUGUUACCGGGUCCUUGACAUAAUUUAUGCAUUUUUAUAUCAUGCAUAUAUAUACUUCUGUGCGCUUCAUUGCAGCAUAAUACCCAUAUGAUGUUGUCUAUUGAAACCUGUGUGUAAAGUGCCAAGUAAGUGAAAUACACUUGAAAAGAGGUGCGAAACACUGCAGUGAUUUAGUGACUGAAUUAGCUGUCAUGAGAGUGCAUUUCUGUCUCAAAGGAAAUAUUUUGGGGAAUAAGCUCAUCUGUUUGAUUGUCGAGAGCCAGCUGAGAAAGUCAGCUCUUUUCUUACACUCUACACUUAAACAUCUUUCUGUUAAUAUAGGUGAGCUUGACUAAAAGGUGAAACAGCCAGCUUGAUAUGUGUUGUAAAACUGGAGUGUAAUAUCAGAGAUGAUUAGGUUUUAGUUAGUUUGUGCUUCCUAGAUGUACAAAAAUCUUCUCUUUAGCACUGCUAUGCCUAACUGAUGUUUACUAAAAUUGUAAUGAAAAAUCGAAGUAGAAGUAGACUAGACUACUUCUUGGCUGGAAGCUGUGAGUGUUGCCACCUUCAAAAUGCAGGAAGUCACAAAUCUGUAUGAGCUGUUGUGUCUGUUUGAGCUUAUUAGUGAGCUUAAGAGGGCUACGAUCACUACUUCUGGACAGUACCAUGCUUGCUGUUUCCCCUUGCUGUGCUUCUUGUCUUUGCGCUAAGCUAAGCUAAAAUAAGCUACGCUAACUAGCUGCUGGUUUGUGUAGGAUUACAGAUUCCCCAAAACACUUCUAUUUCUUUAAAUUGUGCAAAUCAAAUAUGCUGCUUUCUUUAUGUUACUGAUCUGUGAUAGUCAGCUGCUAACCACAUGCUAUGACGUUGAAUGCCAAAGGCUAGUCGCAAGAUGUCAGCUGUUUUAGCAGCUGGGGUCUCCGCUGCUGCCAGUACGAUCCCACCCUUUCAGAUCGAAUGUCAUGCUACCAGUGAGAGGAUACCAUAUCAAAAAUAGAUGGGUGUUUAUUUUAUUUUUAAAUUUAAAAGCACUGAAGAGAUUUUAAUAUGUUUGUAUGUCCUCAUGCAUGAGCGAUACAGGUCAGAUUGAAGGUACCAGUGGACCUAAAUGAAAACAGAUGGUCCAAAGAUAACUAGCUUAAAAAAACCAAACAAACAGAAGAGCAGUUAGAAGAGGGCAGCUUGGUUGAGUGGAGACUUGGCUCCUUUUUCAUGACUCCUUUUUUUUUUUUUUAACUGUGCACUUUCUCUCAGCAUGGCAAAUUAACAAAAAAAUGGUAAUACUCAUUUAACAUGAAGUUUAGUGUAAUAUGGUAGGUUAAAAGUGUAAAGGUCCUUACACGCCGGGAACGACGCAAAUAUACGACACGAAAUUACGAAAUAUUCAGAGGCAAAUUUUGACAUGCCUGACUCAAGCGUGAUGCGAUUUUGCGACACGUCCUGGGUGGAAGCGAGAAGUCUGACACAACACCAGACUGACUGUUUUUAACAUCUGAUUAGACACGAGUGUUGAGAUGUCUGUCCAGUACCAGAUCAGAUAACCACAUUAAACUAUAAUCCAUAAACGUAAGCCAAAGUUACUUGGCACAGAUGAAAGUUAAAACAAAGUUGUUCAGCAAACUGUUAAAGCAUAUAUAUGGGUGAAUCUGACGUCUCAACAACACAAAAUCGGAUUGGUCAGAAGUGGACACACAGAAUGCGAAACUUUAGAAAAUUCAACCGUGAUACGAAAAAAUAAACGCCGCAAUUUCGCAGGAUGGGAAAACAUGGCUGAUGUGAACGCUUGUAUUGACAGGAAAUGGGUUCGAAAAAAAAUAUUGAUGUCUAGAUAAUCGCACGAAAAAAACUCUCCCAGUGUGUAAGGACCUCAAGUCUAGAAAGAGUGAAACCAAUUUAAUGUUAAAACUCAACUGCAUCAGGUAAUAUACCUUUAAACAUCUUUAGGGUGGUUCAAAGUGUUUUAAUUUGAAUAUACUCAUCUUGAAAAAUUUAUUCAAAAAUUUGAUGUUUAAUGCCUCUCGGCACUACUCAAAUAGUAAACUAUUUAACACUGCAUUUCACAGCAGUGGGAUGUUAAAUUGGGACCCAUGUUUGUAAGGUACAAAAAAGAGUGGUAUCAUCUGCAAACGAAGAUAGCUUGAUUGUUAUUCAGUACAAGUUUUUUGUAUUCUUUCCCCCAUGCCCUCUUUUGUAUUUGAACUCCUUUUAUCUGGGGGGAGCAUUUUAAAAGUAAUUGUUCCAUUUUCUACCGUUUUAGCAUUUCCUGCCUUUAUUUUAAAGUUUGAAGUUAGCAAGGCUUACACUUAACAAAUGCAAAUAAUCUCAUUAUUCUUAAGCCUUGACAUUCAAAAUUUACAUUAUUAUUUAAUGCCAAAAAAAAAAUAAAAUCUUGUGUGGUGCCAAAAUGACAAAUGAAAAUCUAUGUCAUUGUCAUUAAUUCAGCACACAAAAGUAAGGACUGAGCAUGGGUUGUGUUAAAUUCAGAUACAAUCACCUUGUCGUGUCAUUGUUUAAGUUUCGCCCACCCUAGAUGUCUGAGCACUUUGCACGUAAGCAAAAACAGAAGCAGCAGUUUCAUUGCUUUGUCUGCGUCUACACAGGAUGCAUUCAGAAACAGCAAUGACUUUAUGCCACCUGUUUUCACAGCACUCAGACGCAUUACAAAUGUUGAGCUAAAAUGCAGGAAAAUAGACUUUUUUGGGUUAUUCUUAUGCAUCUGUAGAAAGUUGUUUUGUUACAAAUAGAAGCGUAUAUAUAUAUAUUUCUGUCUGACACACAUGAGACCAUUUACUAAAAAGCGUGGCUGAAACACUGAAACACCUCUUGGGCUUUUUAUUAUUUUGCUGCUGGAGUAUUGUGGGCAAAAAUUGCUUUGCAGCUGAGGGGGAAAAACACUUUUGCCUGUUACUGCUACAGUGUGAAAAGUGUUGUUAGACCAUGGACAGACAAACAACAGCACUGUGGAGUAAGUGGCAGUCAAAGAAUCCAAUACCGUGGCCAAGAUGUGGUGCUGAUGCUGAGUUUCCAGGCGAUAAAUAGAGGAAAAUGUCCAACUAUAACACUGUCCUAUGCUGUCAGACCCUCCUGCAUAGUAUAAUCAGACUUUUGGUGUUGAAUUGAUCAUUUUAGCUCACCACUGCAGCUUAUUUUAGUUUUUAGAUGUAAGACUGUUUCCUGUCCAAGCGUGUGGUUAACAGCCUUGUCAUCUGCACCCAAUAAGUUUGCCUGCACCUUGUUGAUGAUCCCCUCAAUCUGGCAGUCCUGUUAUUCAUUGUGAGUGUGGGAAGUGUUUGGCUUUUUUAGUGAGCUGUUGUAUUAGUUUGUGGAUUAUCUGUUCAAUGAAAUAAUGCAUUAAAGUGUGUAGAACUCAAGGGCACGCACUUGGUAGAAAUAUGUUUAAAUGAGUCCAUGAUCAAGUGAGCACCAGAAAUACAUAAUUUUAUCAAUAUAGAAAGAGCCUUUUAUAGGAGUGAGUCUCCUCCCACAUACGCUGCUGUCUUGCAGCACCAUGUUUCUACUGCAGCACAGAAUGGACAAACUAGUGCGGUUGUGCAAAAUGCACCCAAUGUAAGAUAAAUAGGAGGAGAGUUGUUGUUGUGCACAAACAAGUUUGUUAUGAGAGACAUUUUCCAUGGUUAAGAUUUGACAAAUGGUGGCUCAUAGGUAUCUAGAAUUUUACUGCUGGAUAGUGCAAAAUAAAUAAAUAACAAAUCCAAUUUCUACACAUUUUACCUUUUAUAAUUAAAAUUUGGAAAAAGUAUUAACUGUUGUUACUUGCUCAUAAAUUAAACCAGCCAAUCCUGAAUUUUACCUUAUUGAGGUCAAUAUUGGAUAUGAUAAACAGCUUAGGAUAUUGCCGUGCUUGCAGUAUUAGUUAUUAGUCAUGCUGUCAUCAUGUCCUAUGACAAACAGUGUCCAUAUCUGUGUCACAUGACUUUAUAUUGUAAACAUGCUGCUGCUGUCACAUAUGCAGCAGCAAAUGCUCGAUUAAACAAGAUGGAUUAUUAGACAACAUUUUAUUUCUACCCGCCCCAGUUUUUGCUAAUUUUUGCUCAGGAUUUUUACAACUGGUGUCGACACCUGCAGCACAUUUACAUCACAGUGAUGUGAAAAUCACAUGCUAAAUUAGUGAUAAUGAUUGGUACAAGAAUACUAAAAAUGAGCAGAUGGUACCGUGGCUUCAUAGUUUUGGUCUUUCUUGCAGAUUUUAAGAUCAUAGUCAUAGAUUUUCAGUCAUAGAACGAAGGAGAUAUGAUAAAGAAGCAGCAGACCGCUUGUGAACUAGCUUGAAACAGCUCUCUAUGAGGUGAUUAGGUUCUUGUAAAAACUGUAAUUCCAUGUUCUUUGGUAAAUCCAAAUGCCGUUUUAGAUCGAACACCUCACUGAUAGCUCUAAUGGGGUUUCCUUGAUUUCUGGAGCCAGCCUCAAGUGGACACCAAAGGAAAUGCAGUUCGUUGUACUUCUGCAUCAGUCAAGUACCAGCUUUGACUACAACUCUUAGAGAAAUCAAAAUAGAUUCUUUCUCCAUCACCAGUGCAAUGCAAGUAAUGGUCUGACAACAUCCUGUACCCUCUUACAGGUCGUCUCAUGUCUCUGUUUCCGUUGCCGUACUUGAAAGAUAAAGAGAGUUUGCUUUUAUUUGACCUUUUUCUGUGGUUUGAACAUUGAUGAAGAUAUAAGCUAGUAAAAGUACAUAUUCAAACAAAUCAUACAUACAGUCUGUUUUUUUUAGACUUUGAAAUGUCAAGGUGUGACAUUUAAUGCCUGUAAACGCAUGGGUAAGUAAAUUCAACAGAAAGUCUCAGGUACAGGCCUUCAGUCACAUUAAAUAGUCAAAGAAGUUUUCUUGUGCCAAGUGCCCAUUGGGGAGGCAACAUAUGGUCAGGGAGACUCGAGGUUAGUUCAACAAAGUCAUCGGUGACUUGGCACCGGAUCAAGGUGGCAAAAGAGGGACGCUGAUGGCGAUACAGAAGUAAUUAAAUGUCAUUGGCAAGUGUCGGGGAGAGUUAUAUUUGAAGGACUAUUUUCAGCCUGAGUCACUGACGGCAGACGGACUCUCUCUCAGGUCCUGUGCUGGGACUUUGUGUUUUUAAAGCGUUUGUUGAGCUGGCUCUUGGCGAGAUGGUAAUCAUCUGUAAUGUCCUUCUUGUGAAACCGCUCCUUGAUGUUUCACAGGACCCUGAGCUUCCCUGUGGACUGCGGUUUGGCGCACUUGUUCUUGUCACAGGGUUUUCAUCUAAAGGCACAUGUCCUCGCAGACAGAGAGAUAUAGAAGCAGACAGCAUUUGUGGCAGUGUCAAAACUGCCACUCCACAUAUCUGAGGCCUCCCAGUGGUGACAAGGCAGCGUCGGGAAGCCCUCCUACUGCGUCUGGAUUCUGAGGUUUAGAUAGAUGAGGCUGUCUUUGGUUUUUGUGUGGAUGUUAUAGCUGUCUGGGACUCCGUGUGAGGCUGCCGUGCAUGGGAUGGUGGAGGAAAUGUUUUGACAGCAGUGUUUUAAUUUGUCGAACAUCUGCGGUGUUCCCAAAAGUUUUAAUGAUGUGGGGAAGGGACACUUUCUUUAAACUGCCUCUGGGAUAUUAAGUGUUGUUUUAUGUCUUUUUAUGUCAUUGAGAGACCAAAGUUUUUAUCUCAUGUUGAGUUGUUUUGAGGUGACAUCUAAAAACUAAAGAGCCUCUUGACCCCUGGGAGCUCUUGCAGGUCCUGGCAGUGUUUCAGUCUUUAAGGUUUGAUGAUGGGCACUAAACAUUACAGUACCACAGGGGUGCAGAGAAUGGUUUGGUCCUUCUUUAAAAGUAAUCCAUGCAGCUAUCGAAAACUGGAAAAUAAAAUAAUAAUACUUGGCAAAAUUCAGAUCCUUUAAUGCCAUUUUUGGUUUUCUCUGUCAGCAGUGCUGUGCUCAAAGUGUUAUGCAAUAUGCCUCUGGGAGAAUGAUUUAGUUUUGAAGCACCUGAAUUGAGGCCCACACUGGACUGGACUGCACCUCUAUCUGUGUGUGAUUUCUUAAAGCUGGUAUUCCCAUUAAAUUUGGGAGAAGAGAUCAGAUGUAAUAUGAAUGAAACUAGAACGAUCAGGCAAAUACACGCUGCAAAAAUGUAGGGGUAGUUUGUGCAACGUCAGCACACCUUGCGCUGAGAUGACAGGUAUGUGCUGCUAUGGUGACGAAACCAUUACCAUGAGUGCAUGUUGCUGUUUGUAGUGCAUGAAUUUUGUAUGAUGUACGACAUAGUAGCUUUACACUAAUGUGGAAAUGUUCAACUUUUAGUCUUGGAUUUAAAAUGAACAAAUACAGUAACAGCACCAGUGCUGCAGUGUUUAAAGUUUUACUUUAAAUUAAAGCUGCAAAAGUAAAAAUUUGUCUAAUUUUUAACCUUUUUUGCUUGAGGUAGUUUUGCAUGUGUUCAAUAAACUGUUCAGGUAAAUCUUCUAGUUUAGUUGCCAAGUAGGAAAAAAAACUUUUUAAAAUGCAUGAUAAUGAUAGCCUGCUGUCACCAGACCAGUUCACCUUGGUGAUUCAUUGUUCCAGGGGAGCAUUAGCGAUGGUUGCAUAUGUAAGUGCCCCUAGAAGCAACUGCAUAGACCCGCAACCAGUGAGAUUAUCACAGCAUGAGACUUAGCGCAUAGCAACGGAAAUAUGGACACCGGGGCAUGCAGAGGAAAGAAAGACCUUUCUUGUUCACACUUGUUUGUCCUUGUCUUAAAGGGGUAUUCCAGAGUAAAAUUAAUUUAGGGUCAAACACACUGUAACACCGAGUUAGACACCCCCAUGAGGGAUGGAUGUUGCCGACCGCUUGCUUCUCCAGUUUUACCAAUUUCAGUAACGACCGCACAAUAGCAAUACACAGUGGUCUGAGGAGCCAUAAACAAACCUCAACCAAAAUGCUACUCUAUAGCCACAAAUAAUGCUCAGAACAGCACCUAACUUCAUCAACAGUACAUAUAGGGUCCUAGCCACAGCACUAGCCACCAAACAUCUUUUUAACUUUGCCUGAUUUCUUUAGCAAAGAGACUAAACACAACUCACCUGCUCUCUUCCAGCAACCGCUUGUUUGUACCUUGGGCCAGUCCAUUACGGACUGCUGUGGGGUGACGCAGCUCAAGGAAGAACAUUGAUGAUAAUUUCUUUAUCUUUUCCUUUAAGUAAUAAUCACCAUAUUUAUCAUUUUGCACUGCAGAUGCAGCAGUUUUUCUGCCUUAGCGUCUCAGUCUGAUUGGAUUUCCAUGAAGAAUUCUGAUUCCUCAGAUUCUGAUUGGGUCAGUUUACCUGCCACAGUGGGGAAAUUUGUUGAUCUGUUGAAGGAAAAACUGGAUGUCUGUUAAAAAGGGUGCCGUCCAACUAGUCCUAUCCAACAUACUUUGUGCAGCAAAGUGGCGCCAUCUUCUGGGUAAAACAUCAGCUACCAUUAUAAACCAAACUCUGCAUUAGAAAAUUGCAUUAGUGUUCAGAACUGGUUUCUUUUAGAUGAUUUAAAAAAAAGUAUUUUAAGGGCGUCUUAUACUCUGACAUUUACUGUACUUUAGCGUAGAUUAAAUGUCACGGUUUGAGACUAACUGCAUGAAGCCACUUUACGACUAAGAGCAACCCAAAAAUAAAAAAUCAAACUCACUGGAGAGUGUUUAAUUCAACCAGAAAGACAUCCAAACCAAGAAGCUGAUUUCUGAUGCCUGAAUGCAUCUUAUGCAAACAUCUCUCAACCCACGUGUAAUAAAACCUUAAUUUAACCCCGUUUGCUCAGAGCAUACACUGUGCCUGUUCAUUAUUAAUCUUCAUUUUUAGCAGCAUCAUGUCUUUUCUCUUCCCACCUAUUCAGUUUAUUUCAAACUUGUUACAAAAGUUCAGUAUGUGUGUUUAAUAAGUUUGUUUGACUGAUGCUCUAAGUUUUCUGCCAAGCUGUACAGAAAUGACUCUGUCCGAUCAGUUCAUCAAUUCUCCGUCAAGUCAGACGUUCAGCGCAGCUCCCAUCUCUCUUAUUCAUGUUUCUCACCACUGUGCUUCCUCGCUCACAAUCAUAUGAGUAAAUCUGAGUAAUGAGCUUAGGAAAAGGCUCGUGCUCAAGCUGUGGAUGGCAGACUCUCAGUACUGGGCAUGUGCCAGCCCUAUCUGGUGGUGCCCCCUCCCCCUCAUACUCCCCCCUCUUUCUCUCUCUCUCCGUCCCUCCUCUCUCCUUCCUCCGCCAGUCCAGUCCCACAGGAGUCUCCUUGCAAACGAAGCCUGCAGCAUUCUGGGAAAGCCAGUUUUUUUUUCUGGUCAUGUGUUUCUGCUUGGAUAGACACGAUUAUCAUCUUUAUAAAAAUAUGUGGUGCCGCUUUGAAUAAUACUUAUCAGGGUUUUUCAUGAUGCAAAAUAAGACUUGGACUCAAGACAAAGAAGACUUAGCAAGAACUCUUGGAUCUGCGUGAGACAAGAAUAGAGCUGAGUUGAACGUGCCUCAUCAGCUAAAACGUAAAGGUUCUAGUGAGCAGCUGGUCAGUAUAUAAAAAGCAGAGUUUUCCUAUCGUUAGAGAAAUUAUUAAAUACUAUGGCAUGAUCAUCUUUUUUACUCUGAAAUAACCCUGGAAGAAAACAUUACCAUCAGAGCACACGGUCCAAUAAAUCAUGUGUCUUACACAACUUAUUGUCUAAACACACUGAUGUAGUUACUUAUAAGCAUAAUGUUCAGUAUAGUAAAACUCACAGUCAGCAUGUUCUGGCUUGUAAACUUUAGAGUUAUAGUGAGACAGUGUCCUCAGAAAAGGGUCAGAUCAAUACUUUGCAAACUGUCCUCAAACAGGCCAAGUCCGAUUUUCUGAUUCGAAACAAAAAGCAUGAUAAUACUGUUAUUAAACUUCCCCCUGUGUUAGCUUUCACUACGCACCCACUAUGUUAAGGGUUGGUUUCGACUUGUGUCUUAAAUCUGCUGCAAAUUACAUUCAGAACAAUUCUCCAUCAUCCAAUUUAGUUCUCAUCUCUAGGUUACCUUGUUAGGCUUCAUUAUCUAUGAAAAUAUUGCUUAUGAUAUUUUUUGUAGUGGUCCUCUGGGCCUUUCUUUGUCAGUAUACCCCUCACACAGACAUCUAUACUGAAUUGAUCUCACAUGUCUGGACAUGUUCGACAUUUUUUGUGCAAGGAAAAACAUGGAAAAAUGAGAAUUUCCUAAAUCUCACAUGACUGGAAGAGGAUCUAACUGUCAGUGUGGUGCACUUAUGAUUUCAGUUUUUGCUAUUCUCAUUAGAUAUUUAUCUAACCGGAUCAACAGAGACCCUAACACAACAAGUGCCAUAAUUUAAUAAGAGCAUUUUAUAAUUUAGUCAAUUUAAUUUUUUUAUUUUUAUUUUGUUAAAAUAGAGGUUCCUGAUAAAGUUGAAAAGUCUUGAUGCAAAGAAGCUCUUUUAAGUGGUUCUUUUAAGCAUUUAAAAACAAAAACGGGUUGGCGCAGACCCUAACACAGGAGGAGGGUUAAACUAAAGGCAGAGUCCGCACAAAUCCACCAGUGUUAUCGUGAAUCUUCUAAAAUCAGUACAUAUUGAUGGGCAACUAAUUAAGCAGCAAAUUUGUAAAUGGAGGUAAUGAUUAAAUCUUAACUUCAAAUGAUUCCUACUAAGAAUAACAUCAAUAAAGCCUAAUUUUGGUACAUUAUGGUUUAGAUUUUAGGGUUAAAGACGAUUUCUUUAGCAGGUGAUAUACUACUGAAAAGGUUUUUUGAUAAACAAAUAAGACUCCAUCACCUGAGCCAGCAUGGUUGUAUUUUGAGUGUUGGUUAUUCAGCUAUGUGGAGGAUGAAGGAAAACCUAUUUGUUGGACUUUCAUCAAACUUUGUGGAAGUUGCGAACGUGAGCCAAGAAAGAAUAAUCGUGGACUUUUGGCUUUGGCCCUGCUCUCUCCAAAUAACUAGUUUUAAAGAUAACACCGACCUACAUUUUACAUUGCCUGCUAGAGUUUUUUUCCUUGUGUUCUUCUUAGUGCAGUUUUUUAUUUUGGGAUGCCUCAAAACUUAAGAAUUUAAUAAAGAGUUUCUCAUUCUAACAAUAUGAAUGUAUCAUAUUUUAUUUUCCUGGUAUGGUAUGCUGAUAAAGUGCUAUUCUGAAGAUGUCGUACGUGUAAGAAAAGAGGCAUGUCAUGUCAGUUACAUUUUUGAGGAGGUGCACAUCAGGCUUCAUAUGUAGACUUUCUAUGGUGCAGGUGUGAUGCAGACCUGUGAACCAGGCUUUACACACUUACUCAAUCCUAGCCAGGUUGAUAGAAAAUCCACAUCUUCAGAUAGAGGUCAUACAGCAGGUCAGAUGGAGUGAAGGGGCUUUGAUCGGUAAGAGAAGUCACUAUCCGUCUGAUAAUCCAGGUUCACAAUCUCAAUCUGGACUGGACUGUAGAGAUAAUGCAGAGAUAAUGGACUCUGAAUGUCCAUGUCCUUGAAAGUACACAUUGGACCAGCAGUUGUUUAUGUCGUGGUGGUAGAUAAAGGCCUACAGACACACUGGAGGAGGACUGGACUCUGUCCCAGAAAACCUCCCAUCCUGUCAGCAGCGACGUGAUGAAGCAGUUUAGACAACAGCCAUCAGACCAUAUACUGUGCCUCCUUUCAGUCUCACUAAACCAGAACAGAGAAUCUGACUUUCAGUGACCUUACACUUCGGUUCAAUCAUGUCAUUUCCUAAUUACUGUCUUUGACUUUGUUAGGACACAACUGUGAGAGGUCAGGGAAGAAUGAAAAUCUCAAUUCCACCCUGUGUAACACAAGCAAAUCUUUUGUUUUUCACCAAGCAGAAAAAAACAUUAGAUUUAGUAGUUUAAUGUUUUAUUUUUACUUGUUAAGGUCCUUACACACCGGUAACGAUGCAAAUAUACGAUGCGAAAUUACAAAAUAUUCGGAGGCGAAUUUCGACGCGCCUGACUAUAAACAUCAAGCGUGAUGAGAUUUUGCGACUUUCCGUGGGGAAAAAAAGACGCGUCUCAGGUGAAAGCAAGAAGACUGACACAACAGCAGACUGACUGUUUUUCAGUUCUGAUUAGACACUAGUGUUGAGAUGUCUGUCUGUCAUGAUAGCAUGUACUGAGUCGGGGCCAGUACCAGAUAAGCACAUUAAACUAUAAUCCAUAAACGUAAGUUAACAACCGAGACCUAAUGGUGCUGUGACAGCAACGCUGUGAUUGAGUUUGAGACAGUGAAAAUACAUAUGAUAUGUUGUAUCUGAACAGGUUAGCUUAUGAGCUAAAGUUACUUAGCACAGGUGAAAAUUAAAACAAAGAUGUUUAGCAAACUGUGAAAGCACACAAACCAUCGUCAUAUGAGAAAUCUGACUCUCCACAAGUUGUCCUUCAGGUCGUUAUCGUUGUAAUAUUUGUGUUUUUUAUGAAAAAGCACUCUGUUCUCCAACACGUAAACAAUCAGCCGGUCGGCCAUGUUGGAUAUACCGGUGAAUCAGACAUCGCAACAACACGAAAUCGGAUUGGUCAGAAGUUGUAUAAAAUAAUCAAAUAAUCGCAUGAAAAAAACGGUCCCGGUGUGAAAGGACCUUUAGCACCAGAAUUUCCACCAUGUUUAAGUGAUUAAGAAUAUCUUUAUAGUUGUAAGCUUGGAUCUUGCCUCAGUGUUAAAUCUACAUUAAGUUUGCGUGUGUCUGUCUGAACUUCAGUCUGAGUGUGAGCGUACGUUAACCUUACAGAAGGAGUGUAGGGAAACAUUAAUUGGAGGACAUGUGGAGCUGAUGAGGGCGUCUGUGCAGCUUGUAUGUGACGUGCUGGAGGAGCUCUGCUUUGCUUGGGAUCUUUCACUGUUUUAUGAUUUAUUGAUGCUGAAUAAACAACUUCAUAAGCAGCUGUAAUUAGACGAGCCACAGGAACAGCUCUAAUAAGCACCGUUAGCAGCGAUAUGCCUCUUGUGUUAUUAAUUUAAAACACCUUGUCUUGUAAAAACUGACUGAAUUACAGCUAGGCCGAGGAAUAUGUGAAACUGGCAGCUGUGCCAAAGAUGCCCAGAUUAUGUGCCCCUCUGGUAGCGCAGUGCCCGGCAAUGUUGUUUCGCCCUUUGUGCCUUUGGCAAGCCAAACCUCUUUCACACACCUCUCCUCUCUCUCUUUCUCUCCAUCUCUAUCGCUCUCUCUCUCUCUCUUUGCUGUGUGUUUGAGCAGGUGUCAGCACAUCCAGUUCAUCCCUGACUGAGCAUUCCUUGUCUAAAGAGGAAACUCUGCCAUUUAAGAAAGUUGAAUAAUGAAAAGAGCAAAUCUAUCUUGGGUUGUUCUCGAACAGAAGUCAAAGCCAGAGAGACAUUCAGGUCAUUGUCUGGUCAGCUCAGUACAACCUUGUGCACGGUGUCCCAGGAUGAAUUGGAAAUGACUCUUUGGUCUCCAGAGAGAAUGAAAAAUAGCUAAAUCUGAAAUAAAAUAUAUAGAUGUGCGGCAUGGCGGUUUGUUUUUUAAAGCUUUGCACAUGGGAAAACACAAAUCACAUGAUUUAACAAAGCAUGGCAUUGAAGCUCCUGUGAGUAACUUUGAGUGUGUGGACAAAGCAGUUGUUGCUCAUUUUGUCCUCAACAUCUCAUCUCAAUGACUUUUAAUGGUCAAAUGUCUAAUCUAUUGUGGAUAUUUUAAUUUUUAAGCUUCAAAAAAUACAAUAUCAAACAAUAUCAAUCAUGCCCUUGAUGUAAAAAAACUUAUUUACAAAUUACCCCUCAACAAGUUUACCUUAGUCAUAGGGACAAGUUUGUGAAAGCUGUUGCUGAAGCAAUUACUCCAGUACUACACCCCUUAUUUUAAUUUAUUUAUUUUCCAUAUUACAACACUGAAGAAUAUCAUUUUUCCCAUAUUGUGCAGGCCUACUGUCAGAUUUGCAGGUAAACACAAACCUAUUUUUUUGCAUACAUCCACAUAAAAAAAAAUCCACUUUUAGAUGGUUUAAUUCUUUGUAGUUUUUUAUAUUGCAAUAAAAUCUGCAGAAAAAAAAAGAAGCUUAUUGCAAUACUGUUUUGUUGAAUAUCAUGCAGCUCUAGCUCAUAGAAUUGAGAACGAGCAAAUCUUUACCUGAAGUUAUUUUUCCCAUCAAAUAACCUCUCUCCACUGAUGAAGGUGGGUGGUGGUGUCGGUUUGAGCCAGGAUCGUGUUAUCAUUUGCCUCCCUGCCAGUAAGAGAAUAUUCGACAGAUGAGCUGUUUUUUUUUUUUUUUACAUGACUUCCUCAGGGGUAGCACCAGUGAUAUAAUAAUAGUUCUGGUGGUAAAUCAGUGCCAAGAAUGGCUUUUAUUUCCUUCUCAGGGUGAUUUCAGUUCGAGAGAAUUCCUGAAAAAAGGUGUGUACGAUCUCCAACCUGAUUUCAAGUCUUUAAGUGUUUCAUUAUAGAUUCAAGAAAAGCAGUUUCUCUUACCUAGUGAGUGCAUUUUAUCCAAUAAUGAUCUUUUUUAUUCACUUUCUGAUUAUUUUCUUGAUCUAGAGUUUUGUUUUUGACCCAUAAAAUACUGAAUAAUGUUGAAAAACUGCUAAACUGUUAAUUUUAAAACCUAAAAGAAGACAAACAUGUACUUCUUAGCUUUAGAUGAAACCAGAAAGAAUGAACACUUGUCAUCAACUUGACACAUUUUACACAGAAAUAACUAUUGAUCAUUAAGAUUGACCAGAAAGAGUUUCUGGAUCUCUAAGGCGUGAAUAUGGACAGGAGAUGUGGAGUCCAGACUGUAAGGUCCAGGAAUCGUGUUAUGAAACUUAUGCCAGUUUUUCAUCAUAUCGCCCACCGAUUAAUCUUAUAAUAAAGCAGGAACACAGACACACACUGAAUAAGGCUACAGACCCGUAUUUGUUGUUGAAUUAUGGACUUUAUAACACAGAGUCUGGCAGAUCAGCCACAGACUGUCAGUGUGUGAGGAGCAGGACAAACCCAGCUGACCUCUGCCUGAGCCCUGUGGUGCCAUUGACAGAACCCAGAGGUGCCAAUGUCAAAGUGUCUCUAACGCUUGUUUGUUCUGUUUUUUCUUGAUCUAUUUAUAGCUCAUUAGCUCAUUAGCUCAGUUUUUUAUUUUUUUCUGCCUUUUGUUUUUAUUAGGUUUGAAAGAUUUCCUACCAGCAAACACAAUGUUUGCAGGACUUCUACAACAAGGAUAAAGUGACAUAGUCCAGGAUGUCACUUUAUCCAAUGUGACAUCACUUCUGUUACAGACACUUGGCUUACUUUAAAACAGUUUACCUGGUUACAGGGUCCGUAAGUUCCUGAAACAUCCCCCAUCAUUGUUGAUCUGGCUUUUUUAGCUCUUGUCCGGGUGGUCUACCUCCUUUUUAAGCGCCCGUUAUUCCACCAGAGUCUCCAGUAUUUAGUUCGUUUUCUUGCUUGUGUUGGCAGUCGCGGCCAAAGGAGGAUUCAGACAAUUUCCUGUACUUUCUAGUUGGUUUCUACUGUCUGAUUUUGUAGCAUGCUAACUUUGUUUAGGCUCAUAAACGCCUCACAACCAAUCAGGAUGGGGGAGGCGGGGAAUGGCUUUGUUUACAGUCAGAAAUAGCAGAGCGCUCUAAAAUUUAAAAAUGUUGACUACACAGACAUAACGGAAAAAGCGAUAUCAUUAUAUCAUCAAAUGUCAUCAAUAACUAAUAGCUAUUGACUGAUAUUAAGAGCUUUUUAUGUAUAGACCACAAAAAAAGAUGCUUCUUUAACGGAUUCCUGCCUAACCCACCUUUAAACUGGACUGUUGCCAAGAAAACAUUCACACUUUCCUGCAAAACCUGCAAACUUGUGUAAUAGAUUCCAGCAAAUCCAGUUUUCCAGUCAACAUCGUUCAAUAGUACAUUCAUGCUGAGUCAUCUUUCUUUUGAGUUUUGCCAUAAUUUUGGUGAAAAUUUAGGCUGUGCUUCAUCAGCACUGACAUGACAUUCUCGUCCAAUCAGAUUCCUCGGUGUGAAUAAAUCGUCUUUAUUUAUGAUGCACAGAUACACACAGGCAUAUCCCCAAAACAACCACCGCUGCACACACACACUCUCACACACACAUUCAAGCCAUUCUCUGAUGUGACCUUCAGCACAUGCAGGCUGGCAUUCAAUUACCGCCCUGUCAGUGGCCCAUCCAGCCCAGUGGCUGCACGUCCUUGAGACUCUGCGUCCAGUCUAUAUUCCAUUACAUCCUCCACGUCGGGAGCUGUGUCCGGCAUGAAGCGGCACUCAUAUCCUCAUCACUGUGGGCCGCGUGCAGCUGCCUGAUGUAUCCUUAACAAAAUCUCUGAGUGCAGUGAGCAGCGCUUAUCCUCGCUUACAGGCUGAAUCGAACCCCAAGCAGGAGGUAAAUAUUAGAUUUUAGUUUUACUGGGGUGAAAUAUAGCACUGGUGUCACCCCACACACCAGAAGAACCCCUGCGCUGUUCAUGUAAUAUCCCCUCUCGCUGAACUCCUCCAGUUUUUCCACAAUAUUGUUCAGUGUGUUAUUGGACGUCAUUACUGUCAAAACGUUUCGCAGGCUUGGCUCUGCCCAAAAUUGCCUUGAAAGUCUAUUUACAGUACAAAUCUGUGAUCAUUACUGAAAGUACAGUGUGGGUUGCUUCUGGUCCCAGAGCUGUUUUUCAGCCAGUGACACUUGAAAAAUGCUGGCAGUUAAAAUCUCCUGCUGAUGUAACCUCUCGUGCCCCCGCUGUUCCGCCGCGAUGAUUCAUGUGCCGGCCCGCACAGCUGUUGACGGACCUCGAACAGAUGCCUCUCAUUGGUUGGCGGUUUUGUUCUGCGUAUCAGUAAACAUUUAUUUUGACUGCCCAAGUCGGCCUUUUGAUGCUUUUGUCCACGUUCGAGCUUUGAUGAUUGCUUUUAUUCGUCUCAUAAAGCACUGUGAAGCACCUCUUAGUUAAGUGCUCUAUAAAUAAAGAUCAUUACAAUUAUUGACCGAGUGAGUCAGCAGAAAAAAAAACAGCAGAUAUUCUUUAUAGUUAGGGAAUAUAAUGUGAGGAUUUUCUGCAAGUGUUUCCCAAGCUGUGGGCUCAGACACUUUAAAAGAGUCGCAAAUUAAACCUUAUUAAUGUUCUUUUCAGCGGGUGAAAAGACGAUGCAGAAAUACAGCAUAAUCAUGUUGAUGAGGAAUGAAUGGAUUUGGAAAAUAAUGAGCCUCUAUUGAUCAUAGCCUCUGACUAUUUAAUAUUAUAUAUAUUUUAUUUAAGGCCAUUUUUGUCUUUAUUAGAUAGUACAGCAGAAGAAAGACAGAAAAUAUGAUUACUUAAGAAAGUGGGGAAUGAAGGGUCAUGGCUGGGGGUCAAAACAGCUACAACUAGCCUUGGUUUACGGAUGGAAAGACAGGUGAGGAGAUGGAGGAUGGUUCAAAAGUUGUAUUGGCUGGAGCGGUGGCUGAAGUAGACAAAGUUAAUGUGGGAGGGGGUGAUCAGCUUUAAGAGUAGUUAUCGUCCAUUUAUCGUUAUUGAGGUGAACUCCUCAAUAUAUCGUGAUAUUGAUUUGAGGCCAUAUCACCCAGCCCCAGUUUGUGGCAUUUAGCAUUUAGCAGAACAGGAAUAUACCUAUAUUCAAUAAUGUAAAAUUGAAUAAUUUUGAAUAAUUGAAAAUUUUGAAUAUGAGCCUUUUAUAUCUACAUUUUAAGAUGCAUGCAAGUGGUCCUGGGUUCGAAUUGUGGUAGAAUUUAUAGAUGCUUACUGAUGGUCUACACUAAGCAUGGAUAGUUGUAAGGUCAGUCUGAGUUAGGGCUGGGCGAUAUGGCCUUAAAUCAAUAUCACAAUAUAUUGAGCAGUUCACCUCGAUAACGAUAAAUAGACAAUAACUUCUCCACAAACUGCUCACCCCCUCCCACAUUAACUUUGUCUACUUCAGCCGCCGCACUAGCCGCUACAACUUUUGAACCGUCCUCCAUCUCCUCACUUGUCUUUCCCUCUUUGUUACGGAUUGGAUGGAGUGGAGUCAAGUCUCUGAUGUAGGACAGCGUCUUGAAGGGACAUGAGACUAUAGCAUUCCUACACACAUCCAAAACCAACUUUUAUUUAUUUAUUUUUUUGACACAGAAUAUAUUGACAUGGGCAAAAUGAUGUUGGUUAUUGUCAUAAAUUUCGUUAUCAGUUAAUUUUCGGUUUAUCGUCCAGCCCUAGUCUGAGUAUUUCCCAGAUGUGUAAAUGUCACUUUAACUCCAAAACAUUGUGAGAUAUGAUGUUCCUAGCUGAUUUCCCAGACUGGAAAAGAGACUCACACUUUGUGAUACACGUAAUAUAUUCACAAAUACGUUUACCAGCAUAAAGAGUGAGGGUAAGAAACACCAACACAGACAGACACAGAGAUGAGAAGAGAGUGAGGUAGCUGUCAAUCUGCCAAUCAGAAUGCUGCUGCUUUCAUUCGGCCAAUCAGAGAGCUCCUUUCAUCAUCAUUUAACCCCAAAAAUCUGAAGUUGUAGCCAGGUCUAUUGAUUACUUCCCACUGUGAAAAAAGCUGUCCAAAUAAGCCAUGAACAAACUAAAAUCACGUUUUGAUGAAAUUAGUAAAUAAGUAAUCUUCAGGAUUCAUGGACCUGAGGUGAACUGCUGGUGUUCUGCAGGGAUGUAGGGCAGAUGUAGGAGGCUGAUUGAUCAAGCCAAAGAUCUUUAUUUGCACAAAUGAGAGCCGGUUUUCUUCCUCUGGCCACCAAAGCUGGUCGAUCCAAAAAUAAUCGAGAGGAAAAACCAUUUGUGUUUUGUGGAUUGAACAAACGAGGAUGAUUCAAGAGUUUCGAGUUAAUGGGCCUUAAAGUGUUUCCACAAAACUUUCAGGUGUUCUGGUCUACAGAUGAGCUCAAAUCUGAACUUUCCCGGUCUCAGAAGAUUGGAAAAGUGAUUCAUUAGUACUAGAUGGUUCUGUGGUUAUACCUUGAACAUGUUUCCAAAUGACAAAUUAAGUUGCCAGAGCCUGUAACUCAUAAACCUCUGACAUUCUCGGUGCCUGUGAAUCGUAGACAUUGCUUCAUUUUCUGGCAUUUCUUAGUCCAGACCAUCAUUUGAUUUAUCAGCAUUAUCCUUAGCUGCAGCUUAGGCUUACUGUGGCUUAAACCUUUUCCAAACAACGCAGAAGGACUCCCUGUGUGUUUUUCUUUGCACCUGAAGCACCUGCUGCAUCGGUGAUUCAUGUGACAGGUGACUGAAUUGUUACCCUUCAGGACUCAUGAUCACGGCAAUAAAUCCACCAUGAUCUGAGAAUGUAUACAUAAAAAACAUCGGCCUCAUUGAUUUAUCAUCUGUUUGAUUUAUGCAGAUCUUACUCGACAGUUUCCACCCCCUUUUGUAUCUGAAAGGUUUUAGCUUCAACUGAGUACUGUUGACAUUUACAGCACCGAAGCAAUCGCGAAUAGCUAUUAUUUCUAACUGUAUUGAUCCUUUUAUAUCUACAGUACACUUAAUUUGGAAGAUAGGAGGCAUGGGGACUUGUAUAACAUUUAUGUCUUGUUGAGAGCAUAAAUUCUGUCUCCUGAAUAAGCCCUCAUAAACCCUGCUGGGUCACCCUGUCUCCAUUAAGGAAAUGAAAAAGGCAAAAGUGGUGACCAGGCCUGUGCUGAUUGUCCCCUCAUGAGCUUCCCAUAAAGAAAUUGGAGGAUCAUAAGUUCUCCGAUAUGUAAUCUCAAGUCUUUAAAGGCUUUCGUCUGUUUCAGAUAUGCCUAUAACACGGCUAGGAUCCAAAAUAAUGACAGUCAGAAACUUGAGUCUCUAAACCUCUGCAACCUGAACUGUCUGCAGAAAAAAAACACAACAAUGGAUUUGAGCAGCAUGUGUGCAGCCGCCGGGUUUGAGCCUGUGCUUCAGGUCAAGUGACUCUACUUACUCAAACCAAACAAUGUGUCCAGUGUGUUUCAUUAUAGAUGGCAGCCUGCUUUCUUUGUUUUUUAAUGAAAGCGAUGGAAAACAAGUGCCAGACUCAGAAGUAAAGACAGAAGUCCCCAACACGGUUUCACAGUAAUCAGGUACACAUACUGUUUGUUUUUCAACCCUAAAGAAAAAUGCCUGAAACCUUUUUUUUUAAAAAGCUUCGAAAGGCUUAUUUUUUCAUUUGUCAAUCUGUUGUAAAAACUAUAGCUGGAAGACGGCUAAUUUGUUAAACCUGCUUUGGUUUUGUAAUAUACUCAAGUUAAACUAGCGCCCCACAUGGCAACAACCGUCCCAAACUGUGUCGCGCCGCCUCCUCUGUGGACCGCCACCCCUUUUUGUUCAUCUUUUGGUUUAAAAUAAGUGCCAUUGAUUCUAUAGAUUUGGGUCACACACAAGAUGGAGGCUUACAAUUUUAAAUGUAUACUCAGGUGAAACUAGCGCCCCGCAGGGCACCAAUGGGCCAGAGCUGUGUCGCGCCGCCUCCUCUGUGGACCGCCACCCCUUUUUGUUCGUCUUUGGUUCCAACAAAAGUGUCCCCUAUUCCAUAGCUUGGGGUCACACACAGGAGCAUGGCACUAGGGGGCGCAAUGGAGCCAUCAAUCUGUUGUAAAAACUAUAGCUGGAAGACGGCUAGCUUGUUUAACCUGCUUUGGUUUUGUAAUAAACUCAAGUAAAGUUACAACUUUAGGCCUCAAAGUCUUUUUUCUCAUCUUCAGAGUGGUACAGAUGAGUUACCUUUAGACAGCUGUUAUUAGGGGUGCGACAAAAAAUCGAUACAGGAUAGUGUUGUCUGGUGAUGUAUCGUAUUGUCUCAUUUACCAAGUAUCGAUUUUUCCAAUUUAUGUUAAUAUGAAGUCAAAUCUAUGAUAAUGGAAAAUAAAAUCAACUGUUUGUCCAGUGAGGUUGGCAGAGGAGACAUCAAAGAGCAGGAGAAAGUUCGUACAACAAAUAGAUGUGCUACAUGAAGAUAAAAUACGGCGUAAGUAAGACAAACAUAAAGGAAAGCUAAAUGCUAAAUUAGCUAAAUAUAAAGGAAAGGAAAGGAAACAUAAAGGAAAGCUAAAUGCUAAAUUAGCUAAAUAGUUGAAAAAUUAUAUUAAUCGCAAUAUAUGAUAUUGCUAUACUCACUGUCUUGCAAAAUGUUAAAAAUCACAAUAAUUCGUGGCCCAAGUAUUGUGAUACUAUCAUAUCAUGGAACCAUUAGUGAUUCCCACCCCUAGCCGUUAUCCCCAGUUGUGUGUUAGAUCAAGCUCACCUGCUCCUGUUUGAUAAAAACGACAUUGAAAACAGAAUCGUCUCUGACUCCUGACAUGGACGCACAUUUCCAAAAAGGUUAAACACCUGCUUUGAGGCACCCACCUCGGUAAUCACUGAUCUCGAAUUCAGAUGUAGUGGACUUUUCUAAAGAGCAUUUAACAAGAAAAAUUUGCUGCAUUUGUCUUGGCACGAGGCCUGGAUGAGAUUUUGAAAGAGGUUAGUAUAAUCUUUUUCAGACGUGUUAUAAAUGAGGCUGCGAUGGAGCAUGCUCAGGUGUGAGUUUCAGGCUUUUUGCAAUCCUGAAAGGAUUAGUUUAGCAGAUUUGUAAUUUUUGUGCUCACAGGUUUUCUUUGAAGCACUUUAAAAGGCUGUGGUUUUCACAGGUUGCAGGUUAAAGUCAGAAGCUCAAUGCAACGAUCUUUUUCAUUCAGUGUCAGGAGGACUCUUUAGACAUUUUGACAUUUUUUCAUCUUGACCUUCAAGCAGAUUCUAGGACUGCGGCUUGUUAACAGAACGACCAAAUCUACAUGGAGGAAAAAAAGUGAUUUGAUUAAAUCUUCUCUGUGUCAGGCCAAAAUCUGCUCAAGCUGAAUGUAAUAAACUGGAUUAACUCUGUCGCAGGAUGAGAGAGAUUAAACACAAUCACUAAAUGUUGCAUAUGGCUUUUAGGGCUGGAGUCUGACUUUCCAGAAAGACAAAGACGGUGUGAGUUUGGGGUAUUAAGGCACUUUGCACAUCUGUAAAGGCAGAGUAUAAGGGUCGUAUAAGAUGGUUGGUGGUUGAAGAUCAUUACAAAGGGUUACACCAGUGCAGCUUGAGCCCAUAAGACCUCAAGUCCCUAUGUAUUUGUUCUGCUUGUAAAAAUUAGCCUGUUAAUGCAAAUGACGCUGCUAAUGAAAGCGUUAAGUUAUUCAGCUGGUGUUUCUCCAGAGUGAUACGUCAGCAUGUCCCUUGAUCCCUGAAGCGAUUUUCCCCCUUGGCGAGGGCGGGUUGUCAUGCUUGCUCUGACGGCCAAGAUACCGCCGGUUCAAUGAGAGCGGGGGUGGCAGCUGGAGAAAAUCCAUUCCCAGAGUGAGUGUUCUGCUGAGGCAGGUAUGCCGACCUUUCAGUCAUCUGAUAGGUCAACGCUCGGCAGCGUGCCUGGACAUUUGUGGCUAAACGCCAGGGCCUGGUGGUGCUCAUAGUAAAGCUUAUCUGAGCAGCAGCCAGUGAUGAUCAAUGGGAACGCUUGGCAGCUCGUUUAUAGUACAGUACGGCAGAGCCACAAAACACUCACCAACAGAUGCAGGUGACAGAUGACGAUGGGCUGUUUUGUUGAGGGAUGAGGAGAGCUGAUGAGCGGGAGAGGGUUUACCCAUGUGCAGGGUGACGCAGAAUGUCGGCCAUGACGAUUCAACGAACCUUUUGCUGAAUGUACUUUUAAUGUCCUGUGUGGUUGUGUAGUCGAUCGCCUGUAAUUUCCCCUCAAUUAUUAUUAUGUAAACCAGCCCUGAUGCCUCGGGUGCAAUGAGAUUUUUCUGCUUCGUCUGCAGGAUUUGCUUGCCCGCUCCUUGUUGUCCUAGCUAACAAGUUGAGAUUCACACUUUCUUAACAAAAUGCUCCUUCUUUUCUUCAUCUCAGGUGCCCACGGAGUGAGAGAGGAGCCCCGGUUUGUGACGGCGCGCGCCGGAGAGAGCGUGAUCCUGGGGUGUGACGUGUCCCCUCCCCUGGAUGGCCAGCAGCCUCCCUAUGUGGUGGAGUGGUUCAAGUUUGGAGUGCCUAUUCCCUUCUUCAUCAACUUCCGCUUCUACCCUCCUCAUGUGGAUCCAGAGUACACCGGUAAGAUGCGUGUUGAGACACCAGGAACAAUAGACCACAAAGAAUAAGGAAAUGGGGCUUCAUCUUAAUGUGCAAUUUGCCCUAUUAUUAUGUAAAUUCUGUACAGAUGUAAAUAUGACGCAUGCACAUGUCUUGUUUUAAAUCAAAGUUUCUAUAUCUUUUAAUUUUUCUCUUUUGUAUCUAAACUACGCUGCUGUAAUUUUUGGAAUUUCCCAUCGUGGGACUAUUAAAGGAACAUCCUAUCUUAUCUUAUCUUAUCUGUGGAGGAUUCCUCCUAAAACUCAUAUAUAGAUGAAAAUUACGAAUAAAUUUAGAGGGAAUCAGGAUGAAGACAUUUAAGAAAGCAGACUGAGAUGCAUAUAAUCCACAUACCCUGUAGACCAGAGGUCAGGCCAUUUGAAAAUGAGCCCUAUAGCCUGUAUUUUUUGCAGUCAUUCCCAUAGCUAUUGUACCCUGUAUGAGGGAUGGGCGAUAGAUUAUCGUUCACGAUAAUUCCUCCAUGAUAAAUAAUUGCUAUCUCACGAUAAACGCGAUAAAUGCAGGUUGAUAGCGUAAGUGCGAGUGACGGACUUGCAGCCAUAGCCCACACAGAUCAGAAUAACAGACAAACAUGGGGGAAGGUGGUGAAGAAGACGUCUCUGAGCAGCUUGCUGUUAAACAAUGUUCCAUAUGAGGGAUUUUCUUCAAGAUUGGGGUUUAGGCAAGCGCAAUCAGGUAUGCCUUACAUUGGACAGUGGAUCUGCUGCUGUUCACUCUGUGCAAUAAAAGUUUUCAAUAAAUGUUGAAAGUGUUUUCACAUUUCACUAGUUCUCUCCAUUACCUACCACUUAAACUUGUGGUUAAGUAUCUUAUUUGACUAUGCUAACCAGUGUCCUCAAGACAGAUUGGGACUUUUGUCAUUCUCGCCAAAAUGGCAAAACUUAUGAUAAAUUUUCAAGUCUGUAUCGCCCAUCCCUACUCUUUAUUUUACUCUAUUUUCCUAAGAUACCAUGUUAAUGUUCUGCAAAACACUAGUGUCUUGAUGUGACUAUUCAAAGUGUACCACAUGAAAGCAGCUGACCCUGUAAAAUGAUGGAGAAGUCUUGGCUUUAAUGCAGCCAUGUGUGUUAGACCAUGUGAAUAUUCUGAUGGACUGAGCUCUGAAUCCGUCUCUUUACUGUGUAGUGUGAUCAGCCUCCUGAAUCUGCCCCCAUCAUGCACUCUUCACUUAUUUUUAUCACUGCCAAAUAUUACAAAUGUGAAUUUUUGAAGUUUGUUUUUAGUUACAAUAACUCACGUGGAUGUUCUUUUCUGAAGCCUGUUUGGCGUCUCCAUCUGCCAACUCUUCAUGAGUCUCAAACCUCGGUGAAUCCAUCUCUGUAAAUCCAUUAAACUAAUGGUUAAAUAACUUCAAAAAAUGGGAGCAGAUUUUAGCUUUUAACUGUAAUCAUUCUCCAAACAUUGUAUGAUUAUUCAUGAUAUAGAUUUGUCCUCGCUGCUGUCGACCUAAUUACGGGCUUCUGGCUGACAGCGCAGCCGUUUCUCAACCUGCUAAACAUUUUUCUGUAAAAAUGUGCCGCGUUCAUGUUCCUGCCAAUCCUUUUUCACCGAGAACACUGACCCACAAUCUCAGUGUUUUCUCUCAGAUUGGCUCUUGAGCUCCUAGGCCUGAAAGUACGAGGCAUGAUUCGAUGUGCUGAGACCUGAAAGUAGGAGGUUUCUGUGCUGCUCUCGUUUCUAACAUGGCGUUCAGGUCUGUGCAUCUGCCGCCUCCGAGUGCAAAGAGGGAAAUAACUACAUCUCAGCAAUCUACAGCUGCAUUGUACAUACAUUCUUUCCUGGUGACAAUGCAGCGCAGAGCUUAUACAGCAGAGAGUCGAUUCAGUAUAUUAAAAACCUGACAUGCUGUAUGCAUAAAACCCAGCAAAGAGUCAUCUUAUGAAAAGAAGCGUGGAAAUCAUUGUGUGUGAGAAGCUGCAACGCACAACUAAAUGCAAUUUAAUUGAAGAUCGACUCACAGGAUGAAUUAAAACUGCAUUAACUGAUUGUUUGGCCACCUGGGGGCAGAGGAGACAGCCUGUAAACAAACACUGACACAUUCACUCAGCUGCCAGAGACGUCUGUCUGCUUUUCAGCACUCAUGGGUAUGAUAGUUGAGGCUGAACAGAACUUUACAAAAAAGAAAAAAAAACAGAUUCCAGCCAUGAAAUGAGAGUUAAAUCAACACUUUUCUAUCUGAAUGUGAAACUUUCAUUUGUGAUGGACCAAUAUGAGACUGUUGUUCGAGACUGUGCAGCUUUUGCCCCUUUCUAUGUAAACCAGUGACCUUGAUCCACCUGCAAAAUCAAGAACCUCAAGAAUAUAUUAAAUGAAAGAAAAAAGGAAAAUAACAAAAACUAUAAAAAAUCCAAAAGAGAAAUAAGCAAAAACACAAAACCAAAAACACUAGGGAACUUAAAACAACACCAGGAGGAAGACUUCAGCACUGGGACUGGACACAGGAGUCAGCUGGACCUCUGAUGAGGACACAGGAGUUUCUAGGACCUCUGAUAAGGACACAGGAGUCAGCUGGACCUCUGAUAAGGACACAGGAGUUUCUAGGACCUCUGAUAAGGACACAGGAGUUUCUAGGACCUCUGAUAAGGACACAGGAGUCAGCUGGACCUCUGAUAAGGACACAGGAGAUUCUAGGACCUCUGAUAAGGACACAGGAGUUUCUAGGACCUCUGAUGAGGACAGCUGGGCUUCUGACAGAUGUGUGGAAACAGGCAGGGAACUAGACUAGCUGGCUGUUUCCUAGUGACACAAUAAGCAGUCUGAUCACUCUCUUGCUCUAAAUGAAGAUCUAUUAGUGAUGACACAGGAGGGCUCGAUGUCACGGCGACUCGGGGUAGUCGAGGCUACAUUUAUGAUAACGGUAAAUAUUUGCUUUCUUUAAGGUCAUCGUGACCUUAAAUCCUCCCUCUCCUGUCUGAUAAAACAUGGCAGCCUCUGCUCUCGUCUCGGACUUCUUGCAGCAGGAAAUUGCUUCCUCUGAUGUCGCUUCAGUGUCUGUGACGAGAUGGCGAGCUGUUAGAACAAGGUCAGAAUUAUCCUUCCCUGUUCUCACCUCCUUACCAAGUACCAAAGCCCUGCCUGACCCGGUAAUACGCUGUGAAACGAAAACAAAGCACAGCUUGUUGACAAGCUGGAGGAUUCAUCUCCCUGGAGUGAGACGCCUAAAUGUGGACAUAACAGAUUUGUCAGGUUUUUAUUUAUUUAAUUUUUUUAACAUAAAUGGACUGAAAGUGGUGUGAAUUGUAUUGAAUUCAUUGUAAUUCCUCCCCUGUGUGCUUUUCAAGUAGGGUCAUCACUGCAAAGAGGACUAAUGGUUGUGACUCAGUGUCUGGGGAAACCUCCGUUUUUUUAGGUUGUAGCGGCCACUGUAGAAACUGCAGGAUCCUGCUCUUUGUUUACUGUAUCCUCCUAUUUAGCGGCAUGGAGCUAAGAGCGCUUUUUCAAACAGCAUCACACUCCACUGUGGGAUUCUGCCAUGUGGCAUCAAGUCCGCUGUUGAGGAAUUACCAACGAACAGAUGCACCAUGAAUACGGCCGCUCUCAUUACAUAGAUUAAAGUCGGGUGUGGGAAUUGCAUGUGCGUGGUGACAGUGGGAUAAUGACACUGGACUGCAGCUUAUGAGAUGCUCUUUGGGGCCCUGCUGUCUCAGAGCUCAUUUGGACUAUUCCCAUGAAUUGUUAUCGCUCAGUAUGAGUAAAAUCGGUGAAUUAGACUAAAUGUGAUUUUAUUCCGUCACACAGCUGCUGCCAAAACACAACAGAUUAUCUUCGAAUACUGUACUUACUGUAAGAAUCACAAUAUUUGCAGCCUGCAGAUUCUGAUGACAGGAAAUCCAUCUGUGGGUCAAUCACUCUUUGUGGGUCAGCAAGCGUUUAAUUUCCAGCCAUGCUAAUUGUUAAGAGUCUGUCAGCGUACUCAUUUUAAUAUGCAACACAAGAGACUCCGAAGAGGAGAUAAGAUUUCUUUCUUUAUUUCAUCUGUACGUAAGCUCUGUUUGGUUCAGAGCUUAAUGAGAAAUGCACAACUCCUCACAGACUCAAAUCUAUUCCCAAUCAUUUUGUCGGUUUGUCCUGCAGCUAUAUGGAAAUUACUGCAUCUAAAAACAUCUAUUUUUUUUUGUUCCCACUCAAGUGGUGAUGAAAUCAAUAAUUCAGAUGUGCAGCUUGUGAAGUUUGAGCAUCAGAUCAUCCCGCUUUGGGACGAGCUUUUUGGAAAACUGAAUCAUUUCUCUCCCAGCACCAGUUUAAGCAGGAGCUUUUGCAACAAUUAUACGACUGCACGAUUUAUGUAAAAAGUAAUGCCCUCCAAGAGACUCUACCCCAGUGCAUGCACACAUCAUUGUGCUAAGCUGUACUUUAAUGCAGCCUUUUGGGUUAUUUAAUGAACCCUGUUCUGUCUAGGAUCCACUUUUGUUGUCUGUACAUCUUUGCACAGACGGCAUUAAUACUGAAAGUGUGCGUAUUUAGUAGACAACUGAACUUUGUGGAGUGAAAAUGUUAAAAGGAUAUUCCGGCGUAAAAUAAAUUUAGGGUCAAACACACUGUAACACUGAGUUAGACACCCCCUCGAGAGAUGUAUGUUGCUGACCGCUUGCUUCUCUAGUUAUACCAACUUUAACGACUGCAGAUAGCAAUACAGAAAGACUAACGCAAAACCUAAAAGCCACUCUAUAGUCACAAAUAAUACUCAGAACAGCAUCUAACUUCAUCAACAGGACAUAAAGGGUCCCAACGAUAGCACUAGCCACCAAACAUCUUUUUAACUUUGCCUGAUUUCUUUAGCAAAGAGACUAAACACAACUCACCUACUCUCUUCCAGCAGCCGCUAGUUUGGAGGGAGACUUCAGGCCAGUCCACUACAGACUGCAGCGGGGUGACGCAGCUCAAGGAAGAACAUUUAUGAUCAUUUCGUUAUCAUUUCCUUGAAGUAAUAUUUACAAUAAUAAUCACUUUGCACUGCAGACUGUAGCGUCUCGGUCUGAUUUCAUUUCCACGAGGAAAUGAUCAUAAAUGUUCUUCCUUGAGCUGCGUCACCCCGCUGUAGUCCAUAAUGGACUCGUCCGAGGUCUUGCUACAAACAAGCAGCUGCUGGAAGAUAGUAGGUGAGUUGUGUUAGGCAAAGCUAAAAAGAUGUUUGGUGGCUAGUACUAUAGCUGGGACCCUACUGUUGAUGAGCAUUAUUUGAGGCUAUAGAGUGGCGUUUUGGUUGAGCGCGUGGCUCUCUGUAUUGCUAUUGUUCGGUCGUUACUAAAGUUGGUAUAACUAGACAAGAAAGCGGUCAGCAACACUCAUCUCUCGAGGGGGUGUCUAACUCGGUGUUACAGUGUGUUUGACCCUAACUUAAUUUUACAUUGGAAUAUCCCUUUAAGUGUCAAGAGCUGAUCGGCAUCUCUAAUUCACUCCAGUCUCAUACUUGAAUUCUGCACGGCUGUAGGUUUAUGUGUCCCGUUUAGUGUACAGCUCAGCGUCUGUCAGCUCUGUCACAUCGGAUCUUGAGUGUUUCUUCAAGCCGUUUCUAUCUGACAAAGCUUGUGGCGUGAUCUGAACAAGGUGUUAGCUCGUCUGUUUUUCGCGGCAGACAGAACCCUGUACAGUGUAAGUGGUGUUUGCCCCAGGGGCCUGAGGCCUGACGUGGAUACAGCGCUGUUACCUCUGUUUGCAGCAGCACCCUCUCACUCUUUGACAAAUGGGAGCUGAAGUUGAUCCCCACCCUUCACACCACCAGCAAGCCCCACUCAGCACUUCAAUGCCCGGGCUAAAAUAGACCUGACUUUUUAAAGACAAGCUACCUUUUUACUGCAAGACUGCAGUCCCCACUUUUCUCUCUUCCUCUUUGCUGUAUUGAUUUUCUGCUUCUGUCAGAUUCUACCCGAGCUAUGGCAGCAAUCCCAGGGUUGGGGUAUCUAUCCAUUGCAUUUAUAUACAGUGCUGGUGGAGCAAUUCAGCCAGUCCUCCACAUCAAUAUAUGCGCCUGACACUCAGUCUGAAGUAACAGGAAACAGUGCUUACAGUAUGUCUACACAUCAAAGUUUUGAAAAAUGCUCCAUCUGAGAACACUCGUCAGACAGAGCAGCAGCGAGUGUUUUAGUCUGUUGGGCUGUCAGAGGCAGCCAUGUGAGCAGCCGGCUGGAGGCUUGAAGACAGACAGCUUAGCAGCACAAGAUUUCACCAUGCCUGGUUUCCUGGACUUCUCUCAUCCCCCCUUGUGAUUCCCUCCUUUUAGAAUUCCAAUUUAUCCUCCGCCUUGAAGAAAAAAGAGGCGAGGAUGGAGGAGUUUUAUAAGAAAUAGAUGAUUUCUGUGAGGUGGAAGGCAGGACUUCUCCACUCUGGCGCAAACUAUUUUAUUUUAAUUCAGCUGAAGAUAAGGCUCUGAGGUGGUUUUAUGUCUAAACCCCAGAGCUGGAAGGUGUGAUGGUGAAGUCUGUUUCAUUUAUAACAUUUUUGAGGAUUAUAUUUAUAAACUUUCUGGAGUUAGACGCCACCCAAAUGUCUGGGCGGAUACUGUUAAUGCCAAGCGAACAGUAUCCUGCCUGUAGCCUCAUUAUCACAGAAAUAAGGUCAUAAAUCUUAAGAUAACUGGAUUUCAAGUUUGCUUUGUAUCUCAAGCCUUUAUGUCACUUUUGCUUCCUCCUCCAGUCCAAGGACUCAAGAGUCAGGCUGAUUGAAGGCUCUAAAUUGCCUGUGGGUAUGACUGUACAGUGAGUGUUAGGGAUUGUCUGUCUCUGUUAACUGUGUGAGAAACUCGAAAACCUGUCCAGGGUGUUUUCCUGCCUUCCAUCCAGUGCUUGGACAGGCUCCAGACUGCCGUAGCUGCUUCCCGUAAAGAGAUAAUCCAGUGAAAAUACCAAACUAGAACCAACAGACCCAUCUAACCUGACCUUUGUGCAUCGAAACAAACUUUUAAUGUUUUUUUUUUCCCCCUGUUGAUAGUUAUUUUUAUGAAAGAGGAUUAGGGCCACAUGAAGAGAAAAAAGUAAUUACAGGAAGGAGAUUAAAGUCGACAUUUCGAGAUUAAAAAAUCGAAAUUAUGUCGAAAAAGUUAAAAUUUCAACAUUAGAAAUUGAAAUCUUGAGAUUAAGGUUGAAAUUUUGAGAUUACAAAAUGUCGUAAAUAAUGUCGAAAUUUCGAGAUUAAAGUCAACAAGAAUGAAGUCGAAAUUUCAUUUUUUAAAAACUUCGACUUUAAUCUCGAAAUUUUGAUUUUAAUCUUGUAAAGAAAUUCUAAAAAACCUCCCUGAAAUUAGUAUUUUUUUCUCAUCUUGUGGCCGAAAUCCUCUUUCGUACAUUUUGCAUCAUUAUAGAGAAAGUUAAAAGUGGUUGAGUUGGAGGUUUAUCUGAUUGUUGGUACUAAAAAUGUGAUCAGUCAUAUAAUCUUUGCAAAAACAGUAACCUUAUAUGUAAUGUCUGUAGAGAAAAUCCUACCCCAUGACUUCUUUUAGAGCAAAAGGCAAACCCAGAGCAUCAUAAAUCUCUUUCUUCCUGCAAAAAAGGAAAAGUUGCAGUACUUAACUUCCAACUGCUUGAGUGUGAUGGAUCAUUGUGGUGACCAGCGAAGCUUCUCAGUGUGAUUUUAAAAGCAGAGGACUUUUCUGAAAGUGAAAGGGAGCACCUUUUUUUUUUUCUUCUUAAAAGCAGACCAAAUACACAGAGAAGAAGUGUUUGAUUCUGAUGUAUUUUUAACCCCUCUGUUUCCAGGUAGAGCCUCUCUGCACGGGAAGGCCUCCCUACAAAUCGACCCCGUUCGCUCUGAGGACCAGGGCUGGUACGAGUGUAAGGUCCUGAUGCUGGAGCAACAGUACGACACCUUCCACAAUGGCAGCUGGGUGCACCUCAUGGUUAAUGGUGAGCUACCUGCACACACAGGAACAGAUGAGUUAGAAUGAAACAUAGAGCCUGCACUAUAUGCACUUCAACUGUGAGAAACACAAUGUAAAAAUAAAUCCAGGAAAUCAAAUUGUAUGAUUUGUAAUGAUUUAUUUGUAUACUGGUGCAGAAAAUAAGUAUUUAGCACCUACAAACAAGCAAGAAUUCUGGCCCUCACAGACCUGGUACUUCUUCAUUAAGAAGCUCUUCGAUCCUCCACUCCACCUGUAUUAAUGGCACCUGUUUGAACUCAUUAUCUGUAUAAAAGACACCUGUCCACACCCUUAAACCGUCUGACUGCAACCUCUCCACCAUGGCCAAGACUAAAGAGCUGUCUAAGGACACCAGGGGACAAGAUUGUUCACCUGAUCAAGUCUUCCAAUCUACAAUUGUCAAGCAGCUUGGUGAGGAAAGAUCAACUGUUGGAGCAAUUAUUAGAAAAUGGAACAAAUACAAGAUCUCCCUUGACCUGGGGCUCCAUGCAAGACCUCACUGGUGGCUUAGCCAGUCUCCGCACCUCAAAUCCAAUAGAGAAUCUGUGGAGGGAGUUGAGAGUCUGUGUUGCCCAGCGACAGCCCCAAAACAUUACAGCUCUUGAGAAGAUCUGCAUGAAGAAUGGGCCAAAAUACCAGCUAUAGCGUGUGCAUUACAAAGUUUACAUUACAAAUUAUUGAGCUGAACUUUUGUGUUUGAUCUGCACCAGUAUACAAAUAAAUCUAAAAACUGGGAAAAAAUACACCAAAAAAAAGAAGAAGAAGAAGAAGAAGGAAAUUCCUUACUGUCCCCCUGAUCUGUCCCACCCAUGAGGUCAACUCUCAGAAAACAUCAGAUACAGUUUUUUACACAACAUAUGUCGGUUUCGUCGUCAUUGAAGAAAUUGCAGAACAAUUAAUCAGAGAAGAAAAAUAGUCUUUGGUAAGUUCAUGCAAACAAUCAUAACCUUUGACACAUUCUGUCCAAAAUGUUAUCACUGGGCAGCUGCUGUGUCCUCCUGUGAAAGGGCAACCAGGUCAGCUGGUAGGUGGUAGAAUAAGGGUUUCCAUAACUCAUCAAAGAUGUCUUUACUACCCUUAGAAACAAGUUUUAAUUUCCUUUUCUGUCUUAAAUUAGAUCCCAGAUCAUUAAAACUGAUUCAUCCUGCAGCCCCACAAACAGCUCAAACGUCCACCUUCGAAUGAGUGACCGUUGCUCACCGUUACAGACCGCUCCUGCAGCUCCUCUGGAAAGGGAUGAGAGGCUGGUUAGGGCAGAAUUGAUCGUGGCUUGUUUAAGGCGGUUCCGGCAGGGAUCGUCUGUGAUAGUCUGAGAGCGAUCAAAGUGAUGACCAGGCGGAAAAAAAAUCUGCACCUUUGCAUUUCCCAGGAAUGCCCCAGCGGCUUAAAGAACAGUGUGUGAAGUGUGUCUUCACAUUGUUGCGGGGACUGUAAAGACAAUGAUGCCAUUUUGUUGAAGUUAUUUUUAAACCCCGCUUCUCUUUUACAUCUGCUGCGUAAGAUCUGCAGCUGCUGAGAAUGAAUGAAGGCGUCUUUUUUUGCAGAUGCAUGUGAGGUUUUCUGUCUUUGGUUCACCGCAGCUGGUUUAUAUCCCUUAAACAGACGUGCUAAAGAAAAGUUCAAGCCAAGAGUGAUGAUUUUCUGGUGUUAAAGCUUCACAGGUCUCGUUAUGCUGUAAUCCUGGGUGUUGCCGAGAGACUUUGCUCCCAGAAUACUGUCAAGCUCAUUCACAUGUAUAUUUUUGGUGCUUACUGUAUGACUACAGUGUGAAACUCAUGCAUAUUUAAUCUGUCCAUGCAUAUGCUUUACAAUGGGAGCAACUCUUGUGUUUGAAUAAUGAUCGCAACGCAAAAUACGUCGUAAACAAGCAUUUAUUAAGUUCUCCGAGCCGAACGAUCUCAUGGGAAUGAAAAAUGCAGAUGUGUGUAAAAGGCUAUUAAAACGAACAAUAUAACGUUACAUACGAAGAGUGUGUCAGGGUGUGUUAGGAAACCGCAUGCUGCAGAUUACUCGCUGUUUUGUGUUCCUGUGUUUUACAUCAGUGUUGACAUGAGAGCGUGUCAUUGUGUGUGUUUGUAGGCGGCUAAAUGAGAGCUCUGUCUGCGGGGUGAAGUUGUGGCUGAAGAGUGAGCGCUCCGCUGUCACCUGCACACUCUUGUGAUAUUUGGAGCUUGUUAAAGCUUGUGUGUGUGUGUGUGUGUGUGUGUGUAUGUGUGUGUGUGUGUGUGUGUGUGUGUGUGUGCUGUCUAUCUGUGCAUCUCUGAGCCUUCCUCAUCAGUAUUCACUCUUAACUUCAACUACUCCCCUCCCUCUCUCUCUCUCUGCUCUUCACUCCUUUCAAAAGAGGCUGAGCAUUCGGGGGCUAUUGCACAACCGCAAGUAUUCAUGAAUGUCAUAUAUUUGGCCUCAUGUGUGAAAUCUGUCUCACUCAGGGACUGAAUAAAUCCUCACCUAUUAGCUUGUUGACUGCCUUUCUGAAAGUUGGAGUUCGGUAUUUUUGCGGUCCUAUCCUAGCCUGUUUCAGAAGUUGAGUGGCGCGUUAUUGUCCUGGUUCUACUCUGAGUCUGACCUGCUGCCUUUUGCUCAUGUCAUCCUAGUUUCCAAAUCUCUCAGUUGUCUCUUCUCUCUCAAUAAAGGCGUUAAAGCUCAGAGUAAACUGUUAGAAAACAAAAGAAAAAAGAAGACGGGUUUUGCCGGACAGCCCCUAAAAAAGAGGACAUGUCCGGGUUAAAGAGGACGUAUGGUCACACUAGUAUAAAUGAAUCUAAUGGGAAUUUACUUACUGCAUUAUUUUAUAAAGAGAAAGUAUAAACGAUCAGUUGAUUAGUAAUCUGAAGAAGCACCAGCUCUAUUUAUUUUUGAGUAUAAAUCAAUCACAAUAAAUCUUGAAUACCAUCUUUGAAAGUGCUUAGUCACACCUCUGUCGGCUGCUUCAGCUAGCUCACUUGCAGUCAGCUACUUCUUCUUCGUCUGUCUGACGUUUUAUGACAACCUCCAUAAACGACCUAAACUCAUGGUGUUACCGUAUCCUGGUUUUAACAUAGUAUGAAUAUUUAUUUCUCUAUAAAGACAGUGACACUGAGACAGCCUGAGUUUAGAGUUUAAGAAAGUUAUAAUGUCCUUAAACGAAUUUAACAGACUCUGGUUGAAAUUAGACUCAUAAUUCAGUGAAAUCUCGCCGAACUGAGACGCACAGACACUGCCAGUGUCUCUCAAACACAGACGAUUCCUGGAUGUCUCGCCAAAGAAUAUCCGCUGACCAUUAUCAGCGUGUUUCAUUUGUUGUUUUAAAACCGUGUUAGAUGCCAAGUGCUGUUCAUAAAAUAGUGGACGGUACCUCUUUUUUGCCAAUACUCCUUGUUGCAACAUUGUCUUCACAGAGAGAGAGGAAGAAAUAGAGACACGACAGAGGAUGUAAGAACAGCAUGAGAGCUUAUGCUGUUUCAGAUUGUGCUGACUAAUCGAAUACUAUUUAACUGUUGAUCAGUCUUUUAGCUGUUUUUAUUUCCUGUAACUUUUCAACUCAGCAGAAGGAAGCAGGGGAUGGAGAGAAAAAGGUGGAGAAAAAAAUCACAAAUAACACUUGUCGAAAGCUUGGACAUAAACUGAGUCAUUUACAACCUUGAAAAACCGUAGCAUGAGCUCAGCAUUGUGCAUUAUAUCAUAUCAGCACUUGUUCCAGAGUCUAGACAUCUGAAGGGGGAGUUUAUAUGUAGACUUUAUGCUACUGUUGUCCUCUAAAUGGACGUCUGUGAGGGAAGCAGGUGCCAUUUUUGUCUGGCCACCACACAGACAUUAAGGGCACCCAUUUCCUUUGGCUGUUGGUAUUUGCAUACACUCCUCCUUUGAGUUCCUGUUCGCCGGCCUUAACUUCCUGCCAAACGGACAGGGGAUUCGUGCCCACUCAGUGGCAGGUGUCAGAUGGCAAGGCCUUGUGCCCGAAAAAAGACACUAGGGCUACUCUCUCUCUCUCUGCCAUCCCCCCUUCUCUUCCUCCUCCUGUCUCGUCUCCGCCUGUCCUUCCUUUCUCUUCAUGUUUCAAGCAUCAGCAGGCUUUUCAGAGAUCAAAAAUACAAGAGGACAGCCAGCAUUUUCUAAUGCUUCUGGACACCGAUACAUGAAAGACACAGACCCUGUGACUGUGUCACUGGGUUACUGAUUCACUGUCAUGUAGGACCCAUUGGUUUGACCCAGCUGGAGCCCAAAUGCAGCUCAUUUUUCCACCAGCUCCAUAUAUUUCCCGUGUGUCUGCCUCUGUGUCUGUUAAUGGGCCCAGUGUGGCAACAAGUAGAGCCCAUCUGAGACCCCAUGAUGCAGAUUGAAGUCAUAAAGAGGUGCUUUUUCUUCCCAUUUGUUUGCGAAUGACUCGCAUGAGUCCGAAUGACAGCACAGUAGGGAUGCAUGUCUGGCCUACAUGAACAUGUGUACACAACAGCUUAAUUAAAGCCCGAAGAAUAAGAUGCAUUUGUAGAGGUCGGUUCGACAACAUCAGCGAAGAAAAGGCGUAUUCCUAUAUGUUUAUUACAAAAUAUAUGAACCAGAUUCUGCUGGAAUGUUUCUAUGCUCUGAUAUUAGAAGUCUUCUUGAGAUCCUCCUUCUUCUUCUCUGUUAUUUUACAGUGAAACACAUGUUAUACUUUAGAGGCUCAUGAUGUAAAAUCAAUGAAAAACGUGUACUCUUUGAAGCCGUGUUCUCUGAGGAGCAUAGGCAAGAAAAGAGAGACCAGGUGAGGGAACAAAACCAUCCAGACACAAGCUUUGGUUGGUGAGCCAAUAACAGCUACUGUAAGCCUUCAAAGCAUGGGGCUGAAUCCUGCAUCUGAGCAUCCAGGCCAUCUGCUGAUGAGCUGUGCGGUCUGUAGAGAAGAGCCGUGUAUGUUCGGCAUCUUCAAGCAUCUUUUAAUGUAUUUAAUUGAUGAAGAGCUGCAGUAAGUGGGGCAAAGCUGGGAUGUUCGGCUUACCUUUUUUUUGUAGAGCAACUCCCAGGUUUCCCCGCCAUGCUGACACUUUGAGUGUGACGAGCCGUACCUGACGGCGUGAAACAACUCCCAGGAUGACCAGCGUACCUGCUGCUGUCACCGCCAUGUGUGCCACCUAGUUCCUGUCAGCUGAUGCUCAGUCCCCAGAGAGGACUGCCAUUACCACACAGGAUGAUGGAGGACACAUGCAGCUACUUAAGCUAUAUAAAAGUAGUACUAGAGAUACUCAGUUACAAAAGAACCAGUCUAUGUGUCAGUGUUUUUUUUUACUAUGAAAAGGUAUUUGUAAUAAUGUGCAUGAUGUCUUUUAUCAUUGGAGACAUGGUUCUGGUUUCAGCGGGAUGUCUCUCUUUGGUUCCCAAUAAAUAGCCCUCAUAUUAGAAAUGCUGUCUCAUCCUAACUUUUGGACAACCUACUGAUAUGCAAAUGGCGGAGCUUGUUUGAACCGUAGACUAUGUGGUUUUUAUAGAUUGUUAUACUUUUUUUCUUAUAAUGGGUGUGUAUGUGGCUUUCAGUGCUUUUGGAGCCAGCCUCUAGUGGUCACUCUAGGAACUGCAGCCUGUUUUUUUUGCACUUCCACGUUAGCUUAGUUGCUGCUCAGUUUGAACCAGGCUAAUUUUUUAUUUCUGCUUUUGAAAUGGACAUUUUUUUUCAUGGAUGUUGAUGAGAAUAUUCUUUUUGGAGCCAGGAUGCAGGAGGAACUGUAGCGUUUUCCAAUUCAUCAUCUUAAUUCUUGCCAUUGCAGGCUACUGUUUUCUCUACAUCUGUUUUGCUGGUUUCAUCUAGUUGCCCCCCACCUAAAACAAGGGUUAUAAGACAAAUGCAAGGGGUUGAUGAAUGAAAGGGAAAUAAGGAAAACAUAAGAGGUGCUUCCUUUUUAGUCUUUUCCCUAAUCCUUGCUCCUUUCUUUGUUGUAUUAAUUCUUUUCAAGGUUUUACAUUAGGACCUUUUUUGCUUUUGUUUAAGAACAGCUGAAGAGAGACAGGAGAUGAGGUGAAAAGAGGCUGGGGUAAGCAUGCAUCAAAGGACCAAGGACAAUGGCAACGAGCCAGCCUGCAGCUGAUGCAUCAAGGACUGUAGCUGCUGUGUACUGGGCGCCUUGGUGCAGCAAACCCAUCUUUGCCUCUGUCUUUUUAACAUUUCAUGAUUUUACCACUGUGAGCCUUGAUCAUGUUAACAGAAUGCGCUUUUACUCCACAAGUUACAUUCACCCUUUUUACACAGGUAUUCACACAAUGAUAGUGAUGCUUUUGGGGUCAGAGUCCUGCGCAAGGACAUUUCAACGCCUGUGUGGAUGAAACCUCCAAACGUGUGUUUACUAAAAACACUCGACUAUUGAGCCACAACUGCCCCAAAAAACACAGUGAGAGGCAACAAAACUAAGACACAAAUUGUUGUUGAAUCCUUGGUUUACACUUCAGAAACUUGUAACCAGUGUAAAUGUAGUGAAGGAAAACGCAUAAAAUGUCACUUUCUUUUGCAACUGGAUAGAUUUACCAAGCACAUAAUGAAGACGCUGAAAUGAAGUACCUGUAAUUGGGCUCUAGUGAAUGAAACUGCAUUUUCAUUUCAUUAAGCGCUGAGCAGAAGGCUUUAUACAGGUAAAUAUUUUAUAAUCAGGAUUAAUCAAACCUGUUUAUAAUCAUUAAUGCAGUGCAAACAAGAAUAAAAACACACUUGUGGUGAAGCGACUGCCCGAGGUUCCCCUUUGACAACUAAAAUGAUCCUUCGCCAUCCAUUAAAUGCAGCUGUUGACCUGUCAGCUGCAUCCCGAGGAAACAUAAACCACUGAUGCUUUUUAUUAGCAUCCCCAUUAAUCUACUGUAUCAUGUAAUGUGAUGAGCGUUGCAGAGUGAGAGGGCAGCGUGGACGGGCAGAUGUCUGAACGUGCUAAUUGGGCAAUUUGUAUACUCCAUGCCAGGUGCUCGUGUGCAGUCUUAAGCAUGUCACUCCCAGCAGCCGAGCGCUGACCCACUUGUACGGCAGCACCUUUUUUUCCUCGCUAACUAAACAGGGUGCUGCUAUUUAUAAUCAAAGUAUAGUGUUUAAACACUGAGAGCAGCUGGCUUAGGAGACUACGGUUUAAUGGCCUGCAGUAGGAGGUGAAGAGCUCCCCUGUGGCUGCUAGUGAGGCUCAGAAACAUCAGGUGGAAAAUCAGUGAUGUCACUGAGUGCUGGCUUCAGCUUUUGGCGAAUAAGCUGCAGUAUUAAGCAAGAAGAGCUUCAGGAAAAUGUGGGGUCACCUUUAAUACACGACUAUAAAGUGCAGAAUGGUCAAGAGCUGGAUGAUCAAUCAGGUUUUGAUUUAAAUCGUGAUUAUUCCCCAUGAUUGCAACGAUACAUUUAAAAAGACUGAAGAUAUUGUGCCGCCUGCAGGGUUGCCCCCAUUACGUCAUUUAUGUUGAACGAAGCCCACCCUCUCUCUCUUCCCUUACAGCCCCUCCCCUCAAACAGCUCUCACUUUCACCUCGUGAUAAGCAGUGAAGUCGCAGCUUCUGCUAAGAUUAAUUCUGGACUAUUAUAUCUUCAACAAAUUGUGCAACAGCGGUACAAUCAUAGACUGUAUAUAGAAUGGACGCUGUCUGCCUCCUCGCUGGGUGAAGCCACUCUGAAAACAGCACCCUCUGGUGACGGGCUGCAGUAUAGGUCCUAAAUUUUGCCUCCUUCAGCAGAGCUUAUGGAGCUGUGGACAAACUUUAGAAAUUUUCAUUAAAACAUAAAUUUUUCUACCCCCUGCUUGCAAUUUAGUUACUGUAAGACUGGUUUGUGCUCAAGUCCUCUUUUUCUGUGCAAUGGCCAGCUCCAUUUUUAAAAGGGGUUCAUGUUUGUAUGUUUGACAUUUGACACAGCCUAUGGGUGUACGAAGAUUGGGUAGCUUACCCGGGGAAUAUGCUGUUUGAGCCGAGUGUCAUCACAGCGACUCUCUGCGACUCUCCCAUCAAAUGCAUACAACGCUACUGCGCAAUGUUGGUUUCAGGAAAUUUAGAAAAAUUGUGGAAACACCGAGAGCUUUUAGCCUUAAAUCCGUAUACUGGCGGAAGGCUGAACCAAGUUGUCCAUAGUAUAUACAGUCUAUGGGUACAAGAUACCAUGCAGCCAUAGGUGGAGAGUGGAGAGCAGGGAGAGGAGACAGGUGUAUGUGUCUGUAUGUUUCUGAUUAUGAUGAGCAUGAUGGGAUGAGCGUGCACUAGCACUGAACCUGAACUCCUCUCCAGAUUGGGCUUAAAUUAUGUAUGCACGCUAGAUUAGGAGGUAUUAACAGUUUUGUUGGUAUUUAGGUGUGGCUGAAGCGCUGGGCGUGUUGAAAAGCAGACCCUGAAACCCCACACAGGGGGUUCCUGCACCUUCGACUCGUGAGAACAAUGGUUUUAGUAAGGGAGGUCAUGUAUAAUAUAUGCUAGCCGGUUAAGUCAUUCAGGCAACAACAGAGCGAGGUGACAGCAACAUGGAUGCUCAAUUACUGUGUGGAGACUAACAAUGUGGUGAGCUUACAAAGUGUAGGAAAAGGCAGGAGAUUCAGAGGCCUCAACCAAAGGGAAAUCAACAUUUUCUCAAACUUUCCUUCUCAAAAACUGCAAAAAAAGUGACUCUUUAAAGUUACCUUUUCCCCAAAAAUGAGCCUACAGGACAUUUAAAAGAAGUUGAAUGAAAUCAGCUUUAUUUUCAAAACAUCGUGACUACAUGAUAUAAAAAUUUCUUGUUUCUUUUCCUCCACAGCUCCGCCUUCUUUCACAGCAACACCGCCGCAGUAUGUGGAGGCGAAGGAAGGGGGGAGCACUCUGCUCAGCUGCUCUGCCCAGGGAAAUCCAAAACCAAUGAUCAGCUGGGUGAGGGAGGGGGAGGAGCUCUCCACCAACGCUAAAUAUUCGGUAAGAAUGAUCGUGAGUUAUGGGCAUAAUUCAGAUUUAUGAUUGUGUGCAAAUAUAGAAGCAGGGCUUGUGCACAGAUGGUGUCAUCCGCUGAGUCCAUCUGUACUGGAAAUGUGUUAUGAACUACAAAUCACAGAGGCCUAAAUCGGUUUCUUCUGUUGUUCAUAGAAAAAAAAAACAGACAAUACUUUUGUGAUGAGAUCUGCAAAGAACUACUGCAUGGAGCUGUGGAUAAAGUUGAUUAUAUGUUACAAGUUUAAAGAAGAAUAAAACCCACUCUUAAGUAUUGGCAUGUCGAAACACAGUAAAACGUUGUAGCUCUAGAUUGAUCAGAAAAUGGACUAUCAUCAGUCUGUUCUCACUUUCUCUGCCCUCCCUGUUGUCUCACUUAAAAACACGUUUUUUAUUCCCGUGGAUAAACUCACUAAAGUAGACCAAAUGAUGUCAUCCUAAGAUAUUUCUGGCUCAGCCCCGGCGCAGUUUGACAGCAGUGAAAUGUCUCAGGUACAUGAAUCGGUGACAUAAACAUCAGGUUGCCGUUGUCAGCUGUAUAAAAUCAAAGACAUUUAACACGCUACUCCAUUAGAAAUUACUCAGAAACACUUGUCAGAGAGAUGACUCAGCGCAGACGCAGGAUGUUGAGUAAAAAGUGCAGAUUUGUUACAAUGAAACCAAAUAAAACCUUUUUAAAAAUCAAUCAUAAAAAAAGAUUUACAGGGAGAAAUGCUCAACAAGCAGAGAAAGUAUAUGUAAAACUUGUGAACAAAGUACUUGUUCAACUAAUUUUCUUUUUUGGCUCCCAAUACAGACACAAACCAGACACAAGUAACACAAGCGCACUGCAAAGACUAAGGAAAGUACAUACUGUAUGUCAUUAUCCUCAAAAUAAGCCUCAUUCACCUGACAAGUCUUGGUAAACAUCUUUUACUCAGACAAUUUUUAGGUUUAUAGGCUUAGAUAUAGGUUUCUUGCUCAGACUGUUAAACACAAAUCUGCAAUGGAGGGGUCUGAUUAAAGCUCCUGUAAGGAUGUUUCUGUUUCUGUCAAAUUUGGCGCCACCUGAUGGACAAAGUAAAACCUCUUACAUCCCUUAUUUUAAUAAUCUAAACAGGUUUUAUCACAUGGCUGUCUUUAAAACCGUCAGGUGAUAAAAGGUAAAAAAAAAAAAGAUGCUGUUUUUUUCAGCGUGCUUUCAGUCAUUUGGCCUGACAAUGACCGACUUGCUGAGAUCAAAGGCAUUUAAAAAUACCCCAAAAAGCUUUAAAGUGCAAUAUAAAGAAUAAAAAUCGCUAAAUGAAAAAGUAAGAUCAGAGAAUUAACAAAGUAUGAAUUUUGCUCACAAUAAUAAAUUGGAAAAUCCAGUUUGAGGCCACAGUGGAUGUUUGAAUCUUUGAGUAAUUGUACAUUUUUUUGUUCAGACACUCUUUGACGAGGUGACUGGUUCCUCAGAGUGACACGACUAUCGCUGUGUUCGGUUGUUUCAGUGGCUGUAAGGUUAGCCAAGACUAUGUCAGAGAGGAAAGAACAGAUCUACUACUCUUUGCUGUAUUUUGGAUAAACAGGUUAAAGCCUAAAAACUUAAACAAUUAUAGCUGAGAUAUGUCUGUUUUAAUUUUAGUAGAUUUGUUUCACAUUGUGUUUUUAUCACUGUACUGAAGUUUGUUGCUGCAUGUUGCGGAUUCACUUGUACCAACCAGGCAUGCUGCUGCUAGCUCCCUCAGGUGCUAUUCACGAUUUUUCGCCGACACCUCUGAUAGAGACUCUCCAAAUGAGUGGAUGUUUUGUGGAUGUGUGUCCUAUCUGGCCAGUAAGUUUUAAAGUAGCAUUUUAAAGUUCUGGAUAUAUAUAACUGGAUAUAAUUGACACAAAUAAUUACUAGAUUAUUAUUUUGUAAAUUGUAAGUUAAAGCUCCUGGGAGAACCUUUCAGAUUGUGUUGAUAUUGACGCUGCCCGUGGUCAACACACUCUUUGCUUGUCUUGCUCUUUACAUGGUUGAAAUCUCAUCCUGCUAACCUUUGCCCCUCAGAUGUUUCAUUUAUUAUAUUUUAUGUGAAAUUUGAAACAGAGGGCUGUUUCUUUAGCUGCUGGGCCGACACCUACCCGCUUGGGCCAGUAUCAUGCAUCAACAAUGACAAGAUACGAAUCACCAAUCUUGUCCCUGAUGGUCUUGCUUUCUUUUGGAUAUCACAAAAAGGCAUCAAUACAAAUUUCCAUCUAUUUCCUAAGCGUCAAAAAACUCCCCACAGGAGCUUUAAAUUCUUGGAUUAUAUUGUAUUUGCUUCAGUUUCUUUUUUUCCAACUUUGACGUCAGGUUUGUAUUUCUCGACACCAAUCUGAUUCCACACAAAUGUCUGUUUUUGAAGCAGAGCAACUUUUUCACUCUUUCAGUUUAAUUCCACAAGUACUCUCUCCACCCACAUGAGAUACUCGAGAGAGCACUCCAAUUCAACAUCCGUUCAUUUGCGAUUGUCUGGAGUCGCUCUCUCAAACCCAUGAAUGAGCCGUUAGAAAAGGAAGGUCAAGGUAAAGAGAUGAUGGAUUUAAGCGGCUCGUACAAAACAAACUGCUGGAAUUCUUUGAGCAGAAGUUGCCGAGUGUUUUCAACGAGCAGAGGAGCACAGGAGGGCCAUUUUUAACCGCUUGUAACUGUUUGUCGAGUUGUUUUCAAGGUGGAGUUGUUUUCUGCAUGCCUUCACAUUCUCACAUCUGACUGAUAAUUCAGUCUGCUGCAGGCGUUAUCAACUCUUCAGCACAGUCGGUGUGAUACAGGCUGACGAGGGCAAACGGGGCCUCUUCCUCUUUCAUUUUCCCCACUUUGCUGCACCAUCUCUCCCUCCAGUUGCCUCUUUUUAAUGCCGUUCCCUCCGUAAAUGAUUGGACAACAUUCUAAUGCAUUAUUUAUCUCCCUCUCCCCACAUCAAUAUUACAUUAGUCCUAAUAUGAAUGUUACACUAAAAAUGAAAAUCGCUAGUGAGAGCCAAGUGCUGUACUUCACCGGCUCCGGCAGAAAAUGCGAAAAAGCAGCGCGUUUAUGAGCUUUCCUCCUCCAUUUGGUUGUUUGAAGGGUAAGUUCAAGCAGAGAACUUCAAACUUGGGAAAGCUCGGUGUUUGAGAGCGAGCAUGAGGGGGUAUUUGCUCAGUCACACGCUCGGAUCCAUGGAGACGUCAUGGAGAAAAACAGGAAUGUGACAGACAGGGUGAAAGACGAGGAAGCCUCAUCCUCCUCCCCCCCUCUGCUCUUUACUUAACUUUAUUGCAUGAUUUGUUUGCACAGGACCAUUAAACAGAGCUACUAAACAAAAGUGUUGUUCAGGAGAGGACAGAAACGUUGGUGAGAUUUUGAAGAGUUCCCCCAAAAGUGCACUCAGAUAACAAGCAGAAAAAAAAAAGCAGGAAAACAGUGACAACCUCCUGCAGUUUCAGAGGCUGAGUUCGUUCUCUCUCUGGAUGUGUCGGAGGAGUCACAGAAAUUGAGAUUCUGCCUUCAUCUCCUGCCUCACCUUAUCUGCAGCUUCUCCCAUCCUCCGUCCUCCUUUUUCUCCUCAUUUACUGCAGACUUCCUCCUCCUCCUUUUCUUUAAUCUUCCCUCCCUCACCUCAGAUUGAGUUCAGCUCUUGCACAGAAAGGACUGGGAUGCACUGACGGCUGUUUCUUACCAUCAGAUCCUGUCAAGGAAAUCAUUCAAAAUCACAAUCAUAAUAAUCGUCAUGAAAAGCUGUUUGUAUGUGCCGCAAAAAGUGAAAUGAAUUCCUCCAAGAUUAGACGCUGAUCAUGGCAGUGCCUUUGUAUUUUGGUGCAUAGCAGUCACAAUUAAAGAGGAAGAGAGGAAGGAACAGACCCAAGUUCAGCAAGUCAAGCGUCUUUGAUUUUUGAUGGCAUACAUAAAUAUAUCUGUUUUAAAUAAAUGAAAAGCCUCACAGAGUUUAAAGGAAAGUUGAAAGUUGGAAAUGCAAAGUUAUUGCCAGAGAGAGUGCAAUGUUCACAAUGUUUACUUCAGAUUAAUUUAGGAUAACAAUACAGGGUAGAGUUAGAGUUAUAUUUCUUAAAGGUGCACUGCCUGUCAGGGUCUUAUUCCAGGUUGAUAUGGCCCGACUACAGCUAAGGAGAAAUCCUGGAAUGAUGAAAUGAAACCUCUACAGGCUGAAAUCCAAGCAAGGAAAUAUUAAAGUAAUGCCUGACACCACAAAUUAUGGCCAGAAAAUUCAAAUUAUUUUGGAGCUGAAGUGUUUAUUUCACUAACUACUGAAAACCCAACAAAUCAAAAUGUCCUUAAAAUUAUACAAAUAUAUUUAUUUAUCUAGUUUGAUACGUUAGAUGUUUUUGGAAACUGAUAAACUACAAGAGGACAUUUUUUUCAUUUAUCGGACUGUAUUAAGGUGUUUUUUUUAGUAAUUUGUUGAUCAUAUUGAUUUGAUAGAAGUAUAUAAAAGUAUGUAACUAUGUUAACUGGAAGAUUCCAAACAAUGCAAUCCCAUAGCAAAGACACCAUGAAACUAAGUAAAACUGGGCUACAGUUCUAGCUCAGUCCCGAGUCCUAAUAUAUAAGCACCCAUUCAUUGACUAGGGGGCGAUAUGCGUCAUUUCAGCCAGUGGGACAUGUCCUGCUUGACCUAUGACGGCAGAAACCAAAACAAUCGACAAACAAGUUAGUAGGUAGCUAACAUGUUGAACGAACUUCUUUACAUCUCUGAGUGAUUUGUUUAUGAUAGGACAUCUUUGUCUCUUAUACCGUCUCUUCUUCUUUCGUGGAGGUUCUCUAGCUACCUUAGCUGACUACAGUGUCUUGUUCAAACACAGGUGAGUUUAACUCUGACCAAAAUAUGCACAUGCGGGACUAGAUUAAUCCCCACUUGUCUUGGUGUGUUAAUCCAAUUUAGAGAAAUUCCAAGUGCAGUGGCUGUUGGAUUGACGUUUGCACAAUUUCACUUCGAUUAGUAAAGUGAAUCAAAUUUUCAUAAAUGUAAAUGUACCGAAUGUUAGCAUAUCUAAGUGCUUACAAGCAAACUAAACAUACAAGUUUGUUCUAGCCUUUGUUUACAAAAAAGUCGUCAGUGAAGUGGUGAGCACAAAUAGCAAUAAUAGGGCUGUUUGGUCCCAAAACUUCCCACUGUUUUGUGGUGCCUUCAUCUUUGGGAAGGGAAAUUAGCAGUGACUGCCCUUCACAACUAAUAACACACCAACUAAAAACUUCACAAGACAUAUUGAAUCCACGGGGGAAACAGACUUUUCAGCUUCGGGUGGGUGUUUGAUUGACAGAGCUGCUGGGUGGACUCGUCCUUUAACGUUGUCCUGAUGGGAUGAGAUGACCUGACAUCGGACUGUGGCAACAAAACAAGAUGUACAGAAAUCAUGUUAUGGAACUUUGCUGGGGUUAAGUCUGGAUAUCCGGCAGAUAAAGCUACAUUUGCUAUCUGCUGCAACAAAACAACCAUUAGCAUUUUAUCUGAACAGCUUUACAUUUAUGAAGUCAUUUCAUUAAUAGCGGUAAUAAAACACAUGAUAUAUUAAUGAACACCAGCCUCAGAAGACUGCACCUCAGAUGCAGACGGUGGCUGGUGAAGGAGGCUAACAAGGGCUAGAAAACAUGCAGAAUCAGCCAAACAGCCCUGAGUGUAAGCAUGUAAUCAAAAUAAAGACUUUAUUAUCAUAUAUAUAUAUUUUAAAAACUUUUUUAAUGAAUACAAAUGGCUCCGCGGGCUCCCAGAGCGAUGCUUCACAACCCAUCAGUGUUUAGUUUGCACUUUCAGCUCUCAGCAGGACGCACACGUCGUUGUUACAGCCGUGAAGCACAAAGUGUGAUCUUGUAAUAGACAAUGUGAGAGAUGGUGACUCAGUUUGCCAACAGACAGACAGAAGUUGAAGGCGCUUGAGCCGAUCUACUCGCAGCAUCUCUUGUCUCUCUAUAAAACAUGUGAAAGACGGAUGAAUGGGAAUACUUCUGCGGGCGCAGCAGCUGCAUGAAUGGACACACGACAGCUGUGUGUUACUUGAAUGGACAGAGGCUCUCACAACCUGUUGCAUAAUUUAUGAGGCCGUUUCUAUUAGGUUUGGUUAAUGUGUUUCUUCAACACUUAUUGCUUCUCAUCAGUGUGCUGCACACAGGGAUGCAGCAGCAGCAACACACUGUGAGACGUCUCCACGGUUACCACAUGCUGGAAUCGGAGCUGGAGUUAAUUAAAGCGUGACACAUUCAUGACUUUAGCGUGUUUGAUGUAUUUCCUUUGGAGGACGCUCCUGUGCUAACUCAAUGAAAAGUCACUAAAGAGGGUUAUGAUCAGUGGAGAAGUGUAAAGAAUACAAACGCAGACAUCAGAGAAGGAGAGAAUUGACCUUUUGUUCUUAUAAUAAACUCACAUAUUCAAAACAAACAUGCAGUAUGAUAAACGUAGUAUGAUAUUUGAACUAAAACUAUUUGGCUUUGGACUUAAUGAAUAAUUUAUCCCUCAAAUUAAAACUUUUUUCAGUUAAAAUUUCUCAUAAAUUUGCUGAUUUUCACUUCGUUAAAAAUGAGCAAAACUUUUUCACCCUUGGCAAGUGCUUAACCAGAUCAUUAAAAGAUGUCAAUGUGGGCUCGGGGGUAGUGUUACAAGCACUUUAAACUUUUCUUUGAUAUUUUCAAGGGCUAAAGAUCUAAUGAAAUGAUCCAUGGUGAAAAUUAUUCAUUAAAUUUCUGUUAUUUUGUUAUUGAAUUAGUUUGAAUCACUGCUUAAACUUCACUGUUAAAUAUGUUUUUAAGAAAAACACCCUUAGAUAAAAAUAAGACAAAAUUAGAUGAGAUUAAUGAUGUGAAAUAAGAUUUGAUAAAUUAAGAUGACAUGAAAGAAGUUGAAAUGAGAUUAAAUGAGUCGAAUGGGUUAGAUUAGAUAAAAUGAGAUGAGUCAAGAUAAAAUGAAGUAAAUUCAGAUGACAUUAGAUGUGAUAAGAUCAGUCAAAAUGGGAUGAAAUUGGUUAAAAUUAGAUAAGAUUAGCUAAAAAGAGUUAAGUUGAGAUGGAAUAAAAUGAGUUUAGAUGUGAUAUUUAGGGUUGAGAUGAAGUUAUGUAAGAUGAGACAAGUUAAAAUUACAUUAAAUUUGUCAAAUUGAUUGAAUAGGUUGAAAUGAGAUAACAUGAGAUGAGUCAAGAUGAGUUGAAAUUAGUUCAGAUGGGAUAAGAGCAGUCAGCUACUGAUGAUAAAACUGUUAAACAAAUGUAUAAAUAACCAAAGAUUAUAGAUGCACUUUGGACAUGUGCAGAGAGUGAUCGGUUAAUGAGACAGUUAAGGGUUAAAGUGAUUAGUAUUAUGUGAUCAAUCACAAUCCCACCUCAGAGUGUGGUAAACUGUGAUUUGAGGUAUAGAAUAAGAUAUAAGAUAAUAUUUGAAAUAAUGACAGUUUAAGGUUCAUUAUCACUGCUCUGUGAUCAAAUGAUGAGUCGAGUAUAACAGACUUAAUUUUCAACUUGAGGUUCUUCUAGUUUGAAAGUUAAGGAUAUUUUCCUGUGAAAUCUUACACAUUUAACUUGAACUACCUAAGUUUGAUGUUUAACUGCUUCUUCUUCGUGUCUCUCCAGGUACAUGAUGGCAGUCUGACCAUCCUUGGCAUCACCCGAGAUGACAGAGGGGCGUAUACAUGCCGAGCCUACAGUGACCAGGGAGAGGUGCUUCACACCACCCGUCUGCUGGUCCAAGGUACCGCAAACUAAAAGCACUGUAGCAGAUAGACAUUAUUUCUAAAUGCUGUUGGUAUACAUUUGCACAGAUCAUGAGUGUAUCCACCGAAGAAAGAAAACAAACAUGUUCCCCACCCGUCACCCCAGGCCAAAUAUUACAUUUGCAUGAUUUAAGAUGCUGUUUCACUUUUUAUAUUUCAAGACAUUUACUGGAGCAGCAUUUUAAAGCAGAGCCCUGCAACUCUCCUGUGUGCUGAUGUAUCUAACAUACAGCACCUUGUGAGUCUGUAUCAGUCAGUCAAUAGCUCAGUCUGGGGCCUCUCUGUGUGUGCAUGUGUGCGUGCUCCUGUGCACAGUUAUGUGUGUACAACAGGAUCUGUGUGUGAGAACGUCCCUGUCUGUCUCCGGUCCAUUAACUAGGCUCUCUGCUAGACACAGAUCAGAUAGAUGGCUGUGAUGCCAGCCUGCAGCUCUCUCAGUCUCCUGAUGCAGCGGGGCUGAGGGGGAGUUAACUGUGUGUAUUUAACAGGAAACAGAGCAUCUUGCCUUUAUGCUAGAGUUAUUUUAAUGCCCUGCCUGCUGUAGGUGCAAACAGAGCAGGCGAACGGACUCCCCCCUUUGUUCCCAGUAAAGUCAAUGGAUGUGCACUCACACUGCAAACACAUUAAAAAAUCAUGGUGUUGUAACUUUUUUUUCUAUGGAGUGAUCACUGGUGCAUAUGAUGCAACUGCAUCAAGUCUUCAGGCCUCCAAUGGAAGGCUAGGACUGCAAUAGCUUUUCUCUUAAACACAACAUGCUGCAGCGGCUCAGAGAGAAACACCUGACCCCUUAAAAAACAUUUUACAAGGAUCUAGGGCUGAGCGAUAGACCGAAAAUUUACCAAUACUGAAAUUUACAACAAUAACCGGUUAUUUUGCCCAUAUCGGUAUAUUCGGUGUAAAAUAAAUAAAUGAAUAAAAGUUGGUUUUGGAUGUGUGUAGGUAGGCUAUGGUCUCAUGUCUCUUUAAGACGCUGUCCUACAUCAGAGACGUGACUCCAACCCAUUCAGUCCUUUAAAUAAGAGGGAAGACAAGUGAGGAGAUGGAGGACGGUUCAAAAGUUGGAGCGGCCUGAGCGGUGGCUGAAGUAGAUAAAGUUAAUGUGGGAGGGGGUGAGCAGCUUGUAGAGUAGUUAUCAUCCAUUUAUCAUGAAUGAGGUGAACUGCUUAAUAUAUCGUGAUAUUGAUUUAAGGCCAUAUCGCCCAGCCUUAUAAGGACCCUGUGAUAAAAACUCAUUUUUAACAAGGUAGUUUGAGAUAUCUGAAGUGUGGUGUAUGAUGUUGAAUAUUGAACAGUAGUCCAUCUCUGCUGUUCAGAUCAGACCCACUCCCAUCCUAUCUUCACUCACAUGAGUGUGGCACUUUUAGCAUCUAGCAGGUUACAGAAGAGAGGGAAAACUUCCUAUAACAGACAGAAACCUCGAGCAGAACCAAACUCGUGUUACAGUUAUCUGCUGCUGGUUUUAGAGAUGGGAUGGAGUUGAAGCACUGGGAAAGCAGAUAAGCAUCUUCAGCAGUGAUCACAAGGAAACUACAGCAUGAUGGAGCUCAGGGAUCCCAGAAAAGACUGUGUCAAUACAGUCAGAGAAUGGAGAAAAAAUAUAUGAUGGAACAAAAAAAGAAGAGUAUUAGCAGUACAACGUCAAAAGAGGUCACAUGUAGAAACAAUAAAUGAUGGUUUGGGGUGAAUGUAAUGGAUGGACAUGCUUGCAAAUAAAUAGAUGUAAGACUAUCUAUUAAAUAUCAAAAAAGCAGUGUACUCAGUUUUUUAUUUCUUUAGAGAAAAACGGGUGUGAUUGACAAUGUCACUUUCUAAUAAACCUGAAUCAGAUACAAGAUGUGCAGAUUCCUGUAAAAAGAAAACAUUGGAUUUUCUUGGAUAGAUAUGUAACCAUUAAUGUUCGUAUCCUAAAAUCAAGACUAACUGUUUACCAACUCUUGCAUAUUUGAAUCCACUAAUUUAUCGACUUGUUACAUCAUGACUAAAAUGUUCUUCUACCACUCGACCUCUUCUUCUGAGUUCUGUUUCUCCGUGUGUGAGGCUGAGGUCUAAAGCAAACAACACUCUACGCACAGAAUCAGGGUCUCGCUCAUAAAUCUGAUCCGGCUCAAGUCCAAAAUGUAAAACGUUCUCUACUCGCUCAUUCUUUACUUUCCAAAAAAAGUUUUCCCUUUAAAUCGGGACAGUAGCUUCUCUGUAAUCCCGUUGCCAAACAAGACAAACACUCUGUGCUGAAAAUACAACCUCCUUUGCAUGUGUAGUGAAAUGUUUGCAUGGUUGACUGUUGGCAUGAAGAGCGCUGUGUAAUAAAAGAAGCGGGCUAUGAUUAUGACUCAGAGCAAUAACAAGCAGAUAUCUGAGGAGUCAUGAUUCUCGCUCCUGUGAUCUGUUUUUAAUUGUUGUGUGAGACGCCUACGCAUCGCCGUCCCACCUGAUGCAUAAAAGCCAAGCACGCUGAGAGGAAAAUAAACCGCAGGCUUGUAUCUGGGCCCACUCAUAAAAGACAGCUUACCUUUCAUGGCUUCUCCUGUUUUAUUUGAGAGUUUGGAGCAAACCUGGAGAUCAUCAGGCCGCAGAAAGGUUACUAUGUGAAGCAUGCAGACGCUGAAUACUGUUAACGCUGAUGCAGUGGCUGUCUGCUUAACGUGUUUUAUAUCAGACUUUGUUGGCACGUCUUAAAUAAUGUAUAGUGUUUGCUUUUACUCUCCCUGAUCCUCAGAAAAUAAAUAUUCUUUAAGUUUACUUUAAGAGAAGCCUGCAUGUAGUUUAAUCAGACACUUAGAGGUUUAAUAACACACUUUGUCACUUUGUUUUGUGUUCUGUUUGAAAUAUCAGAGUUUAAGUUGUGAAAUAAAUUGCGUUCAACUUUAUUUACAUAUUUCUUGGACUGCUCAUAAUUGCCUAUUCCCUCAAUAAUCUGUCGUUGCUGUUAAGGUUUUAAAAAGUCCACUUAUUUUUUUGCCGUUCUCCUCAGGGCCUCCAUACAUCGUCUCCCCACCUGAAAAUGUCACUGUAAACAUAUCCCAGAAUGCACUCUUCACCUGCCAAGCUGAGGCGUAUCCCGGCAACCUGACGUACACCUGGUUCUGGGAGGAGGACAACGUCUACUUCAAGAAGUAAAGUUAUGAUCAAGUUCACUUCUGUACUGUAGCCGCAGUAGAUGAAGUUAAGACUCAGAGGCCGCCUUGUUCAGAGGUUCAGUCUUUCAAAUCAAGCUUUUAACCCAAAGGGAUAGGAGCGACAUUGUGUGUCUCUGUGCUCUUUGCUGUGUGUGUGCGUGUGUGUGCGCAUAUGAGUGUGCUGUGCCCCAUCCUGCUGCGGCCCUAGAGGCAGUGCGAGCAGGCCUGGCGGGGGUCUGUCUGGACAGUGCCAGGCAAGUAAGUGCAGUCUGAUGGCAGUAUCACAUGACUCAGGCCUUGUGUCAUCAUGCAGUGAUGAUCUGAAGUGUAGCCAGGACCUCUGCGGGGACUCCGGAGCCUGUCUUUGGAGUCUGUGAGGGUUUGAAAAACCAAAGAGUGGCAGGCAGAACAAGGAAAGGAGGAAGAAAAAAGUGAAUGGAAGUGCGACUUCAAGUGAAAAGAAGUGUGUUGAAGUGUCAGUUUGACAGAUGUAAAGGCUUCAGUGGAGACUUUUCUGCCUUUUUAACAGGAUAUAAAUAAAAUCAUCCAGAAAAAAAUCAUUUAGAAUCUUAAAAAGGACUGAUAAAGUCUCAUAAUGUUAGGCUUUGUAGAGUAAAUUGUCUCGUAAGUAUAUGAGCGUGCUCAUCUUUAGAGAUAAUAACUCGUAUUUCUUAUAUUAUUCAAUUAAACUCUUCUUUAUCUGUUUAUUCCUGGCUCUUGUUUAGUCUCUGCGCCACUGUGAGACUUAAAGUUCAGUCAAUACAGUCCAAUUAAUUUUAUCCAAUGGUAUUUAUAGAGCACUUUUCAGGACACCCAAAGAUGAUGCUUUAAAAAGAACACUCUAAAUGCAUGAGGCAGUGGCGUUUGGCUUAAUUGAUCAUCCAUAAAAAGCCAUCAGUAGGAACUAAUAGGUGGUGCUGCCAAGUUUUGAAAUCUGUUUUUUUGUAGUCAACAUAAAUGCUAAUUUAUUUAUUUAUAUAUAAAAGAAAUUUAUGGUUACCUUCUCCAGAAAAAGGUCAAACGGGUUCUUUUUAUGACCCAGAGUGUUUCCUUUAUGACCUGAAUUUUCUGACCUUUGUUUUUCCGUCUCUGAAUGUGUAAACUUUUAACAAAUGGUUAUAUUUUAAAGGCUUCACACGACAAAAUUUUUAUUUAAAGACAUACUCAGAUUAAUGUUGAGCUGUUGAGUUAUUUCAUUGUCCAAUAAAGGACCACAGCUCCAUCAUCGCUGUGUUUAAUUUUAAACGGUAUCAAGGGAGAAAACAUGAAGGCUGCACCAUUUGGCAAUUACGGCAAUUAGCAGAUUUAUUUGAAUCUCUCACUCUGUACUUGGUGUUCUUUGGAUCCCUUUCAGAGCUGCUGUUUGACUCUCUGCUGCUCUCUUAUGGCACCUUUAUGUACUUCAGCCAAAAAAAAGAAGAGGAGAUUAGAUGUGCUGCUGCCUUGUCCUGACCGUGUGUUCCCUGUAACACAGUGUGACUGAACGCCUCGUGUCUUCUUGCAGUGAUCUGAAGCUCCGAGUGCGCAUUCUCAUCGACGGCACCCUCAUCAUCUUCCGGGUCAAGCCGGAGGAUGCCGGGAAAUACACCUGCAGUCCGAGCAACAGCCUUGGCAUCUCGCCCUCGGCAUCGGCCUACCUGACUGUUCAGUGUGAGUGUUACCAUGGUAACAAAAUGGAGGGGGAGGGGCGGGGAGACGGUACAGUGAGCUGUGUGUGAGUAGAGGGAGCAGCAGCAGCAGUAUGGAGGCUGCUGGUGCUGGAGGCUGCUGGAUUAUUUGGCAGCGCUGCUUCUUCCGCUGUAACGCAAAGUAACCUUCUUGAAUUUCAAGGGCAGACGUGGCAGAGGGAGAGCUAGGUGUGUUUUGUCCAAGCCUCUUUGAACACAUCAUGUUCUGAGUGGAUAUUAUCCAUCCAAUUAUUAACCAGUCAGCCUCUUUCUUUGCUCAAAGAUGGAGACGGGCAUGUCCUCAGACCUAAUUUUUCUUCUCUCUGUUCUCUUUUGAACCCCCUAAAAUGAAACGCUGACCUUCCUGCCCAUCAGCUCUGAACAUCUAGACAGAAAAAAAAUCACCACUCUUCAUCCUCAGCAAUGUGGCAUUACAAUUUUGGUUUUUGUCCGUUCAGCUAAUUUGCUCCCAAGUUGCUGCCCGUCAUUGAUUACUGUGCCCCGGUAUGAGAGAGAGAUCCAGAGGAUUCACAGCACUGCAGGCUCUGAUUUUAUCACUGGACUCAAACAUGGCAUACUGUAAUAAAACUAGAGUCCUGUAAGCUUCAUGCACAACAUGCUCUGGGUGUCUGUUUAUUCUUUAUGUUGUCAUUUUUAAAGAGGCCAAAGCACUGAAACUUUCAGUUUAAGAAGACUUUUCAGGAUUUCCUACUCUUUCCUACUUUUUUCUGCCAUUUAAAGGGAUAUUCCAGCGAAAAAUUAAGUAAGGGUCAAACACACCGUAACACCCGUCAAGAGAUGAAUGUUGCCGACCGCUUGCUUCUCUAGUUAUACCAACUUUAGUAACGACCGCACGAUAGCAAUACAGAGAGCCACGCGCUCAACCAAAACGCCACUCUAUAACCACAAAUAAUGCUCAGAACAGCACCUAACUUCAUCAACAGUACAUAUAGGGUCCCAGCCACAGCACUAGCCACCAAACAUCUUUUUAACUUUGCCUGGUUUCUUUAGCAAAAAGACUAAACACAACUCACCUACUCUCUUCCAGCAGCCGCUUGUUUGUAUGGAGACCCCUGGGCGAUUGCAGCGGGGUGACGCAGCUCAAGGAAGAACAUUUAUGACCAUUAAUUUAUCAUUUCCUUGAAGUAAUAAUCAUCAUAUUAAUCAUUUUGCACUGCAGAUGCGGUAGUUUUUCUGCCUUAGCGUCUCAGUCUGUUUGCAUUUCCAUGAAGUUUUAAUCAUAAAUGUUCUUCCUUGAGCUGUGUCACCCCGCUGCAGUUGAUGGACUCGCCUGGAGGUCUCUGUAAUUAAUUCUUAAUUUUACGCUGAAAUAUCCCUUUAAGUCCAAAUUAGCUUCUUCACAUCAAGUAUCAUUGAUCAUACAUCCAGCUCUUGUAACUUUGAGCUCUCUCUGACCUCCAGACCCCGCCAGAGUGAUCAACAUGCCUCCGGUCAUCUACGUCCCACGGAAACUACCAGGCAUCAUCCGCUGCCCGGUGGAUGCCAAUCCACCUGUGACAUCGGUGAAGUGGGAGAAAGACGGCUAUCCCCUCAGAGUGGAGAAGGUAAGAUUAUCUCGAGGGUUUGGUCUGUUUCACUUUCACUUUUGACUUCUUCAGAUCAGUUACAUGGAGUUUCACAUCGUUUCAUGCCUCCCUCACCUCGUCUUAUAGUACCCCGGUUGGAGCGUGAUGCCAGAUGGAAGUAUCCGGGUGGCGGAGGCCACAGAAGACUCCCUGGGCACCUACACCUGUGUGCCUUACAACGCCCUGGGUACCAUGGGCAUGUCCCCCCCUGCCACUUUGGUGCUAAAGGUACGUCUCCUUUUCAGGUCCUGCCUGGUCUAGCAUAAAAGUCUUGAUGUCUUACUUACAUUUGUGUGUCCAGGAUCCCCCUUACUUUAAUGUGAGGCCUGGGGGGGAGUACCGACAGGAGGCUGGCAGAGAGUUAGUUAUACCCUGUGCUGCUUCUGGAGACCCUGAUAUACCAACCAUCACCUGGAGAAAGGUGCAGUUCAAACACAAUCAAAAUCCAUUUUCUAACUCGUCUUUAUCUGUUAAGGUACGUCUGUUUGUAACAAUGUUUUUUUUAAUUUCCAUGUCUAUUGAAGGUGGGGAAGCCAAGCAAGAGUAAGCACAACAUCUUACCCAGCGGCAGCUUACAGUUCCUGUCCCUCAGCAAGGAGGACCACGGAGAAUGGGAGUGUGUAGCCACCAACGUGGUCACAAGCAUCACUGCCAGCACGCGUAUCCUAGUCAUCGGUACAACCCAAGCUCACUAGAGUUUGCUCUAUCUCCUCUUUAAAAAAGUCACCUUUCAAAGUUAUUGUGUGUUUGUUGUUUUUGCGCUUUUUACCAAGAGGUUGGAAUGAUUUGUACGGAGAUGACCCUCAUCCCUCAAACACCUCGUCUCUACCCAAUUUCCCCUCAGGCAUCAUUAAAAUUUCAUUAGAUCUUAUCUGUAAUAGCUUUAUACAGUUAAUUUAAAGCCUGGAUCUGUCUUAUCCACCCAGUCACCACAGGCUCCGUCUGCUGAGUCCAGAGACAUUUUUUACCUGAUAAGUAUUGACAAAUGGCAGAGAUGAAUAUUCAAUUUUAGAGCUAUCGAAGAAAGCGAUGAGUCACCCUUUUGUGGGAUAACGCCACAGAGAAUCGGAUUUAUCAUGUGUUGCACAAAAAGCAGGGUUUUGUUAGAUUUUCACAACGAAUGUCAGUACCCUCGCCAUUUAUCAGCCCUCCUACCUCAACUAGUGCUCUCUGAUUCGAUUUUGGGUUGUAUUUGCUGAUUAUGGCCUUUGCUUGCCUGAGCCUUUACAGCAGUAAUAACACUUAUUUCAACAGAGAUAACAUCUUGCACAGAGUAGUAAAAAAGCUCUCGCUGAACGGGCAGGAUAGUGUCAGACAUGAUAAUAAACCAUACAAGGAAUGUAAAAUACUUUUUACUUUGGGGUGUCUGUUGUUUUUUCAAAAAUCUUUUUUCCUAAACAAGUUGCUCUUUUUUCCCUGCCGUGUAUUUAUCUCACGGUGUAAUUUCAGAGUGAACUCCAAGCCUGUUAACCCUUCAAGGCCAGAGUGAUGGUGACAGACAAUUUGUGAAAUUUGUGAUUGCAAAUGCAAGAAGAACUUUGGUACAUUAAUUUAAUAUACCUUAAAGGGAAAUUCUGUUAGUGUCAAACACACCGUAACACCAAGUUAGAGACCCCGUCAAGAGAUGAAUGUUGCCGACCGCUUACUUCUCUAGUUUUACCAACUUUAGUAAUGACCGCAUGAUAGCAAUACACAGCGUUCUCAGGAUCCACGCGCUCAACCAAAAAGCCACUCUAUAGCCACAAAUAAUGCUCAGAACUGCACCUAACUUCAUCAACAGUCCAUGUAGAGUCCCAGCUAUAGCACUAGCCACCAAACAUCUUUUUAGCUUUACCUAAUUUCUUAAGCAAAGAGACUAAACACAACUCACCUACUCUCUUCCAGCAGCCGCUUAUUUGUAGCGAGACCUCAGGCCAGUCCAUUACGGACUGCAGCGGGGUGAUGCAGCUCAAGGAAGAACAUUUAUGAUCAUUACUUUAUCAUUUCCUUGAAGUAAUAAUCACCAUAUUAAUCAUUUUGCACUGCAGACCCGGUAGUUCUUCUGCCUUAGUGUCUCAGUCUGAUCGUAUUUCCAUAAAGAAUUGAUCAUAAAUGUUCUUCCUUGAGCUGCGUCACCCCGCUGUAGUCAGUUUGGACUGGCCUGAGGUCAUGCUACAAACAAGCGGCUGCUGGAAGAGAGUAGGUGAGUUGUGUUUAGUCUCUUUGCUAAAGAAAUCAGGCAAAGCUAAAAAGAUGUUUGGUGGCUAGUGCUGUGGCUAGGACCCUAUUUGUACUGUUGAUGAAGUUAGGUGCUGUUCUGAGCAUUAUUUGUGUCUAUAGAGUGGCGUUUUGGUUGAGGUUUGUGUGUGGCUCCUAAGACCACAGUGUAUUGCUAUUGUGCGGUCGUUACUAAAGUUGGUAUAACUAGAGAAGCAAGCGGUCGGCAACAUUCAUCUCUCAACGUGGGGUCUAACUCGAUGUUACCGUGUGUUUGACCCUAAAUUAAUUUUACCCCAGAAUAUCCCUUAAAGUGUUGAGCUAUUCCUUGAAGCCUAAGGUUUUUUCUUAUCAUUUGCUGGCCUGUAAAGUGCAAGCAUGUCUGCCCCAGUAGCCCAUUGCCCCAGUGCCUAUGGAGCUGUUAUCCUGUUUCACAGCUGGCAGCUCCCCGCCCGCCUCGCCGCGACCAGCCCUCAGCUGACAGGUGUCACAGGGCUGCAGAGGCAGCUGUGCUCCUCAGACCACACUCAGGUCUCUCUGUUUUUUAUCGCAGUGAGAAGUUACUGGCUGCGGGCCACACGGCACAGCUGUCGCGUGGGUGGGAUGAGCAGAGCUGCAGACAGCAGCGCCGCUGCUCUUGAACUUGACCUUACGUUGGUCAGCACCUCAGCAAUAUCCAUGGAGAGCAGGCCGACUCUGGAGGCAGCAUUUAGGGAGAGAAAAUACCAACAAAAUGCUCAUCGUGUUGACCCGAGUCACCAGAUAUGUUGAUAAAAUGUUGAUUCAUUGUACAUGUUAACACGAUACCUACAGUUUUAUCUCUGAAGAAGCACUAUAUAUGGUAACUCAGAUUGCCUCUAUUGCUGAGCUCACUUCUUUCCCUCUCUCUGUCUCUGUGAACACUCAGGCACCAGCCCGCAUGCUCCCGGUAAUAUCCAUGUAUUGCCCUCAACAACCUUUGCCAAUGUGUCCUGGGAACCAGGUUAUGAUGGCGGUUUCGAACAGACGUUCUCUGUGUGGUACGGUCCAGUGUAAGUGCUUUUCCUUUACUUCAGAUCAAUGACUGCUGUCUGGAGAUGUGGAAACACGACCCCUGGGUUAGACCACUCUAGUCAUCUAUGAACGAAGAAGAGGAGGGUUUAGUUUUUCUUAUUCUCAGAUUUUUGUCUGAAUUUAAUGAUGUGAAAUAGGAAAAUGAUUGAGCUUUAAUUAAUGCAAAAUCAUAUAAGAUACAUCAACAUGUGCAUAAUUAAUCAGCUCAGGUUGAAGAAAUGAACGUUGGCAGACGGUCAAAUAAAGAACACAUUUCCUCAGCUUUACACUCUGAGUUAAAUACUGCUUUUCUCAGGGUUGAAACUACAAAUUUGUAAGUCAAAGCUCUGUAAUUACCGUAGUGAGAGAUAAUUACACAUUUAACUGUUUGCACAUUGUAGAGCCAGACACAUUAUAGCCUAGUGAGCACAACAAAUUACCAUCAACUUGUGGUUAAUGUGACCGCGGUGAUAAUUGACAGGCGGUUAUAAAUCGGACAAAUAACAGGUCUAGUUUAGAUUAGCUAUAACUUAUUGUACUCUUAACAGCAGGUGCCGGCUAAGUUGAAGGAUGAAUUUCAAGUUUCAUUUUCUGUUUUAUUUGUUUUAUGAACUUAUUGAAGCACUUUUGAACCAGGUUUGUGCCACAGUUUGCAAGAAUUUACAUGCAAAGAUAGAGAAUAGCAGUAUUUGAGGAUUUUAAGUGGUUUAGGCGAGAGGAGACUUAUUCGCAAAGAAAAUCAGAAUAAAGGGAUAAUAUCAGGAAAAUGUAAAGAAUAAAGAGUAUAAAAUUUUACUGCUCAAACACAGCAUUCUGAAUGAUAAAAUUAAAUAAAUAAUGACCAUAAACUAUUCGCAUUGAAAGCAGGAGUGUAUAGAGAUGAGUUUCAAGUUUCCAUUUAUUGGUAACAGCAUUUUGAGCAGCUUCAGCUGACUGUUAAAAAAACAGCUGCCUCAUACCAUGAAAACUCAAAUCUGGCUCAUUAGGAGUUUGAAUCCCGACAUUUGGAACAAAUUAGAAGUUUUUGGUGAACUGACUGCAAAUUUGUUGGACCCCUUCACUAAUAACACCAUCUUUAGACGUAGGAAUCAGCCAUAGACGGUGUUUAAUUUUUCUCUGUUUUCUCAUUUCCGCUCUCAGGUCAAAGAGAACAGACUUUGGUCCUCAUGACUGGCAUUCGAUGCCGGUUUCUGGUGCUCAGACCUGGUUGGUGGUGCCAGGGCUGGAGCCUGGGACGGAGUACCAGUUCAGUGUGUUGGCACAAAACAAAUUGGGCACAGGCCCAUUCAGCGAAGUUGUGACAGUCAACACUGCAGGUGGGUACUUAAUCAAAGGUUUUCCCAUCCAUGUUUAAUGCUUCCUGACUUCAGAGUAAGCCCACUGAGCCGCACUGAGACUCUAUUUUUAACUUAAGAGUGCCAUCAGAUACAGCACUGAACAUGCUGCCCUCUAGUGAUGCUCAGAUUAAUACAGGAAAGAGUGAAGUUUACUGGAGAGGUAGAACUUAAACAUCGCACUCUUUUCCUCCAUCAGGUAAAGAUGUUUCUCUUUUAGUCAGGCUGCCUAAUUCAGAUACGAAGAUGUUGAUGUACUCAUGUGGGUCACCUGCAUUUAUUUCUGUAAUUUUCUUCACAAAAAAAUGCAAAGACAGAAUAAAUAGAUCAAAUCAGGUCAACACGAAGACUGUGCACGAGCGAGCAUAAGUGUACGGCUCUAAAGUGUCAUCCUUUUCUAACUCGUCCACCCACAAACUUAAUCAUCUUAGAUUAAACCAGCCCUCCUCUUCCUUCUACCCCACUUACACUCUACAGUCACGAUUUUAAAGAGGAAACCCCCACAAAUAACAGAGUCAUCAAAUCAUUUUGACAGUCCUUCAGCAUGACUAAGCAAACAAGAUUUUAUCCGCUGUUAAAUCCAAGCGUCAGAGAUUUAUGGUCUUCAUAAGAGAAGAAUGUGCACAAAGUGAAUCAGGGAACGACUCAUAUGGCUGAACUUAUAAAAGUUCACCCCGCACCUGCACAGAGAUGGUAGCAGAUGAUGCUAGUUUUAAUGAGCUCUGAUAUGAGAUGGAUAAUCCUCGCUGUAAAUAGUUUCAGUUUACACAGCAGGAGUGGCACAGGUGUUACCCAUGACAUUAUUGAUGGCGCCGUUCCAUUUAGGUGUGCCAAUAAACCAUCAUUCACAACGCCAGAGUCAUUAAUUAUGUUAUUAGUCCCACCUUUGUUUGACAAGCCAACGAUGUUUGCCAUGAGAACGACGCAUUGGAGAGCCGCACUCAGCUGCCGUUCACAAAUUCUGUCUUGUGCGUCUUUGAUGUCGAGCAGAUUUACAUAUUUAAGAUUCUUGACUUUUAAUCCACCUCAUGCCUCAAGGGCACGCUGCCAAUUCAGCCGAGUCUCCGCGUGCAGCUGCCUGAACAGCAACUGAAUUAAAAGGUGUAUGAUAUUUAAAAUCAAUGUCUCAGCAGAAAAAAAAAGGCAUGUAGGAAGAAAAAUGCACGGAUAGAUAUUUCGCUAUACGGUGGGAAGGACAAAGAGAUGAAGGUGUGCAGUAGGAGUACUCACAGGUCAGGACAGGCGCACCUGAAGUCACGGAUAUAGUUUGGCUAUGACACCAUGUAAAAACUAAGACUCAAGACCGGCUCUGGUGUACACAGCGCAGACAUAAAUCCUACUUACUGCCUGCAAAAGCGAAACAAAGGCUAAAUGAGGCUUGCACAUUUCUGACCUAGUUCACACACUGAGAUGGUAGCCAACAGAAGAGCAGGCACUGACAAUGAGGUGCUUUAAUUAUACCGUCCCCUCUCUUUUAGUCCUGUAAUGUUAUUUUUAUAAUUGUGAUAAUAUUGUUUUGUCAGAAAGGAAGAUCGUGAGACCUCUUUUAAGUGUUUUGUUUUUUUGGCUUUAACUACUAAAAGAAAACCAUAACACUAUGGUAGAUGUGUCACUAUAAAAGUGAUCGUCAGAGAUUUUUGUCACUGUUGAUCCAAUUUUCCUUUUUGGCAAAAUGUGUCUGCGUUUGAGCAGUCUUUUCUGCCUGUUUGUUUUUUUUAUUUUUUUUGUUUACUCACUGUAAGCGAAUUUUUCUACUAGACAUGUAUUUUAAGACUUACGGUAGGUUUGUUUAGACAUUUGGAGUAGUAGGAAGAGUCACUCCAGAGGAAGCACUCUCAGUAUUCAGUCUGAGGUCAGGUAGAAUACCUGUGAGGGUGUAUAUUCAGGGAGCUAGAACUGCUCCACUCUCACGGUGUAUAACAUACUUCUAGCUGAGUGAUCCCAUGCACUAUUUAUGUGGUACAGAAAGGCUACCAAAACAUUUCUGUAACGUUCAGCUCAGUUAGUAAAACCCACUGACCCUGUUCAUCACUCAGGAGAGAGCAGAUUUAGGCUUUUGGUUCUUCAAUUCACCACCAGACUAAAAUAUCUCGACAACACUCAGAUGGACUGCUAUGAAAUAUUAUUCAAACACUAAUGGAUUGACUUAUUUGUAAUCAUCUGAAUGUUAAGAAAUACUGAAUGGAGUGGCACAACGUUUGGUUUAUUAAAGUUGAUCAUGACUUUCCCAGUCUCACCAUGAGGUUGACAUUUGUGCCUUACAACUUUUAGAUGAGUUGUAUGGAAAUCAAGCUCCAUCUAAAUGAUUUUUUUACUCUUAAUACGACAAAUCUUUGCAAAUCUGAUGACAUUCUUACUUUAAGGUAUACUUGGUGUUCAAUGCUAGUUAGCUGAUGUCAGCAUGCUGAAUGAAAAUGAUUGUAUGUGUCGAGCAUGUGUGGCAUGUUUAAGUUUUCAGAUUAUCUCUUAAGAAAACUUCAUAUUUGUGUUAACAUUUCUGAUCAAUGGUUUUGGUCUACAGGCUCCCCCCUGGGUACCCCAGAACCACUGGUGCUUCUUACUCCACCACGGUGCCUCACAGCCAAUCGCACGCAGCACGGUGUCCUCCUCACAUGGCUCCCUCCGGCCAACCACUCUUCACCCAUCGACAGAUACAUCAUGGAGUUUCGCCUCGGGGAGAGGUGGGAGGUUCUCGAUGACCUGAUCCCGUCCACGGAGACUGAGCUCAUAGCUCGAGACCUAGUUCAGGUCAGUCACCAUCGACACAGGGACGAUUUGAUAUGAAACAUGGGUUUGUUGGGUUCAAAAUAAGAGGUGAUUUCAUACUGUUAGCCUCCUUUCAUUAUGAAGUACAACACUUGUUGAAUAAUGCUGCGUUCCAGUUGUACUUGGAAGUCUGGAUUUCCGAGUUUCGAGUCGGAAAUUCAUCUAUAAUGCCUCUCUGAAGUUGGACAAUCCUCGCCAACCCCAACUUGACGACAAUGUCGUAAUUCAAGAUGACAGUGCAGUGCAUCAACAGUAAAGAGUGACAGUGAAAGCUCUAAUAUUGUAUUAUUUAUUAGCACUUCUGUUUUGUUUUUGUGAAAUUGAGUUAGUGAUAUGUGUUGUACUGCCUAACGUCUAACUGUAAACACAGUGCUAUGGUGUUUGUAGGGUAAAAUACUGUGUUAUGUGUUAUUUACAACUGGUAUAGCUAACAACAAUAACGACAGCUGAAAAUUGUAAACAACCGCUAACAACUGCUAACAGUAGGUGUCCAUCUCGGUUUUACGACUCAUCAACUCGUGUAGUGUCAUUCCCAGCUCCGACAUCCGACUUCCCAGGUAACUGGAACGCAGCAAAUAUAUAACAACAUUAGAGAAUAUUCCGUCACUGUUGUUUAAUGUUUCAACGAGAUUCACAGUGAGAUGGUCUUUGGUGGGUGAAAGAAGGGCGAAUUUUGAUGUCUCUGCACAGGAGUCCUGGUACGAGUUUCGGGUUAUGGCCGUGAUGGACGACCUGAUCAGUGAGAGCAGCAACGUAGUGGGAGUGUCCAGCACAGGUCAGUGUGCUCCAGGUUCAAUCUACCCUACCCACUGGAAAACUUGGCCCCCGUGGGGAAUAAGCUUCUGAGUAUUUGGUGAAUAUAAUCUUUAAUUUUUACCCACUCGUGUGCUACAUCAGAUCCCUUCCCCCCUGCAGAGUUGCCGGAUGAGGGGCUGGCACGGCCUGUGGUUGCUGGUGUUGUGGCAACCAUCUGCUUCCUGGCAGCGGCAGUACUGUUUAGCACCCUUGCAGCUUGCUUUGUCAACAAGCAACACCGUCGCAAACUCAAGCGUAAACCAGGUCGGUCUCUACCUUAUUUUUAUCUAAUAAACACGCUGCAUGUCUGGCCAUGAAUGGGAAUCAAAUUGAAAAUAAGGAAUGCAAAAUGACAUCAAGAAAGACAAUGAGGUAUUAUGAGGCCACAGAGGCUCAUGAAAUAACUUCAUAUAGGAUGCAUACUGACCAUGAAAUGGAUGAUUCAAGAUUGAUUAAAAAAAGUGAGUUCGAUGACCAAAAAAUUCAAAUGAUGCACAGAAAUUAGAGCAAAAUGACCAUAAAGAGGAACAAAAGUGACUAGACUGACAAGACAGAGAUCCAAACUGUCAAUAGAUGGACACAAAGCAAUCAGAGAGCUGACGAAUAGCAACAUUUGACCCACUUUUUCAUAGUGUUCGCUCUCCUCCAGUCUAGUUGUCUCUGUUGUUUCUUGGGGGUCUUUGAUGUGUCUUAUGAGCCCCGGAGCCUCAUAAUCCGUACAUGUGUUUGACUUCUUUUCAUGGUAUUCAACAGAGGAUGAAUGCUGAAUUCAAAUGUUUCUGUCCUCUCAGAUCCUCCCUUGUCGGUGACACACUUCAGGAAAAGCAUUGAGUCACCGUAAGUAACGCGAACGCCGGAGCCUCUGCCGUCUGCCGGAGGAGGCUGCUACUGUGCAUGUUCUAGUGCACCUUUUAUAUACAGUAUUACACUCCCUGUGCAAAGUUUUAAAUGGCACACAUUUCAGCAAUAUCAAGCAUUAGAAGUAUAAACUAUUUUGAAGAAACAGACAUUUGGUAAGAGACCAUUUUUAGAGCCUUGGUAAAUGCAAACAACCGUAGAAUGCUUCCUGUAUUGCUUUUGAGCAAGAGGUAACAUGGAAAGAAGUGGUAUAUACCAAGCAAAUCAGCAUACAGGAGAAAAAACAUCUACUUAAAUCAUCGAAAAUCUCAUUGAUUUCAUGUUCAGGCUAUUUGAAAGGUGUAGAACACGUUCAGUAGCAGCCUCUAGCGGAUCACGGGCAAAUGGAGCAAAGUUCAAAGAAGCCCAGUCAGCAUUUUAAUCACAUUACCAGGAGUGCCCAAGCUGCAGUAUGUGUAUUGAUUUUUGAUCCAUCUGUACUCUUAAACCUCAAACGCUGUGUGCUUUCUGCAUGAUUCUAAAUGUUUAAAAAAAAAAAAGCUACUUUUUGUUUAGCUGCACAUUAAAUGUACACUAUCUGCUACAUGUGUGUAAAUGUCUGUCUGUCUGUAAUCUUGUGUACAUGUAUGAUUGCAUUACGAUAUCUAAAGACGAUCAUUUGUGACGAUAAUAUGUGUAAAUCCCAUUCCAGAGUAAAUGGUUUCCAUGCAUUUUAGGUAAAUUAUCAGUUUAAGAUUUGUUUUAUUCCUUUGAAAUGGUCCCUAUAGUUCAGGAAGUUAUACUCUCAGUCCUUCCUGUUAGUGGCGUAGUCAAAUAUGAACCAGGCCCAUGUCAUUUGUCUCCCAUCGCAGGCCUCCUCUCACCCCCUUGCCAGGGGUAGAGCCCUGCUGGGACGAGCCUGCCAGGAGCAGUUUCUUGCCCCCGCCCGCCAGCCCCCUGUGAGUGCCUGCCUGCACCUAAUUACAGAGUGUGCUGCACUGCACUGGCUUGGCUGCAUGGUUAAUGCAUUGCAUAGAAAUAAUCAACUGACAAUGACUCUUUGCUGUAGUGAAGCCUAUUUGCAUGCACAGACUCUCACGCAACCAAGCAGAGAUUAAAGUGCAUUAGCUCAGCUGCAUGUAAGGUUCAGUCCUGUGUAUGCCCUCCAUGAUGUGUGUUACCUGAUGCAAUUAGGGACUGAGUAAGUGUCGACUAUGCUGCUCCUGGUGUGGGCAAAUGAGGCCUGGUUAGAUGUCAUCUGCUUUCUUCACAUCACCAUUUGGUGCAGCAUAUGGGAAUAGGUCUCGCGUCUGCUCAAGAAGACGUACGUUCGAUAGAUCUGUGAUGUGGUUGUCAUGGUCGUGUCAUUGGUUCUCUACUCAUCCUGUCAUUCUGGCUUGGUUCAUUAGCUGCUGUGCUAUCUGGAUGCUGUCAUUGCUCUGAACUGCUCAUUUUCAUAAUGUAGUUCAUUAUGGCUGUCUUGAUAACGCGCUUUGGCUCUGUAUUGUCUUAUCUGUUUGGUUAUUUGCAUCCAUGCCUUUUUAUUUUACAGCAUCAGAGGUUUUUUUCUUUGAUAUUUUUCUGCACUGGGUUUCAUCUGUUUCUUGUCAAAUUAAGUCUUUGUCUUUUGUCUGCGUUUUUAUAAGGUUAUCUUCAGGGAAGAUAAGUCCAGAGAGUUCCCCUCCAUCUCGCCCGCGCUCCCUUUCUUCAGAGGGUUCACACGGCCCAGGCCUAUACGUCAGGAAGCUGCCAAGCCCUCAAAGAGAACGAGACAAAGAGCUCUCCUUCUACAAGAAAACCAAGCGUGCCAUAGCCAGCAAGAAGUACAGCGUGUCCAAGCACGAGGCCGAGGUUACCACACCGAUUGAGCUGAUAAGUCGCGGCCCCGACGGUCGUUUUGUCAUGGAGACCAGCCCGCCACCCCGCCGCAUCCAGGGCUUUCCCUUCGCAGAGGAGUCCGACAUGUACCCUGAGUUCCGGCAGUCCGAUGAGGAGAAUGAUUUUGACCCUGGGCCUCUGCCGCCCAUCAUGCCCACGCUGCGGCCCCAGCUCUCCCCAACGUCCUCCAGCCUGGAGUCAACGCAGCCCCCUACCUACAGCCCCCGCCUACACAGGCCCAUGGAAGGUAUGAGCUUUGCAGAGGGCAGUGUACUUCACGCCUCAGGGCAGGCCCCCGCCUCCCGCUACAGGGGCUUUCCCCAGGGCCCAUUCUAUGGGUACUUAGGCAGCCGCGGUGAAUCAGGGAUCCCACCACCAUUCUACAUCCCUGACAUCAGCCCGCGUAGCUCCGCUCUGUCCUCCCCUCCAGGCACCGCCGAGGGGCCCUUUGGUUACCCCUCCAUCCCUGAGGAAAGCGGAGAGAUGGAGCACCAUCAGUACACCGCCUCAGGCCAUUCUCUGUCUCACACACACAGCCCUCCUCCUCGCUCACCUGAAAGCUGGCAGCCUCAUGAGUUACCCUUCCUGGGCCUUGAGGGUCCACGGUUCAUAUACCCACCACACCAUCCCCUACAUCAUCCACAGGACCUCCCUGACCCACCCUCGUACCCUACUCACACUCUCCCACCUAGUCGACUACAUUUCCCCUCCCUAAAGGAUCCGACCAGCCCUGGACUCCUGCAGCUGGAGGUUCCUGUGGCUCCCCCCGGCAGAGACAGGCCCCUGGGGCCUCCGGUUAGGCGUUUAGCUAUGCAACAGGCCCAAAGUCUAGGCCAGCUCAGACACACGGCCCACGGUGUGGGUGUACCAGUGUUGCCUUACCCUGACCCGGCAGCCCGUGCAGGGAGCCCAAGCACAGCCCCCAGUAGUAGCCCUCAGUCCUGGCUCAGCCCGAGGGCAGGGCGCCGGGCAGACCCCAGCCUCCCUCCACUAGUACUCCAGCCCUCCCGCCUGUCUCCGCUCUCCCAAAGCCCUCUUAGCACCCAGCCGGGCUCCCCAGAUAUUCUUGUGCGGCCCCCUCCACGCCCUGGCAUCCUCCGCACCUCUCGGUCUCUGGAGAUGCCAGAGAUCACCCUGCAGCCCUCGGCCACUGUCAGUUUCUCCCGGAGGUCCUCCUUGACUGCUUCCCCCACUCAGGGUCAGGGAGGCAGGCAACCCAGCCCCAGUUACCACGCCCACAUGUCGUAUGCCUCCACUGCAGCCAGUUAUCCCUCCCAGUCCCCCUCUCCCCCUCAGGAGGGCAGGGAUGUGUUCGGGCAGAGGCCAUCCCAGAGAAGGACAGAGGAGGAGAUGCUGCCCUCAGAGCCCUCUCAGCUCCAGAUAUCAGCCUCAGGGUAGGUGAUCCACUCCAGUAGAGAAUAGUCACAUGUUUAUAUAAAGGGGAGACUCGUCUCCUCCUCUGCUCUCUAUCUAUUUCAAAUUUCCUCAGCAUUUAUCCACAGUUUUACUUUGAUGUCUCCAUUUAGACAUUAAUAAGACGCAUAUUGUACUAUAUGCAGAGGGCAUGUAAUAGCAUUUAGCACACACUGUAUCACUUCUUAGCAGUACAGCUAACUACAGCAUGUGAAAUCUCAACCUGAUGUUUUAAUGUCUUUCUCAUUUGAAAACCACAUGACCGUAAUGAAAAUAUAAUGAAAAAUAACCACCGCAGGAACAUACAGAUGAACUGUUUAGCUGUUAGUUAUACAAACUACAAGUGUGCUGUUUUUAAAGCUCUGCUGUUUCCCAUGUUUUUAAUCUUUGAUUAAUGAAACUCUGAAUUAGUUAAUCCUACGCAGCUGGAUAUCAUUUAAAACAGAUUGGAGAAGCUAUAGGAGUAUAAAACUUAAAACACAACUUACGAAUUACUUUAAAGUUAGACUCAAAUGAAACAACUGUGACACUUAAUAAGCAACUACACAACUACACUAUUAUGGUAUGUAACAUCCAAAGAAACAGACAAAUUAUUGAAUAAAAGUUAGAAAAGUUCAUUUAUUCUCUUUUUGGUAGUAACUGUGAAGCUGCUUCAAGAAAAAAAAAAGCUUUGGGUUGCCAGGUUGGAAAAGUGACAAAUGAAGUCUUUUAGCUCUUAUCAUGAAUAAGGGUAAAAGAGCAGGUCAGCAGUAAUAGAUAAUGAUAAAUUUGCACUUUAAAGUCAACAGGACAAGACUUCACCAAUCACACAGACUCUUACUUUCUGGGUAAGUUUCCCAGAAAUGCCAACAAGGGCUGUCCAAACCAUCGACUCUAGAGAUGUGCUACAAACAUGAGUACUAUUUAAACAGUGAAUGCAGGUUUUGGAGGAUCCAAACUGGUAUUCCACCCAGAUGGUGCAAACCAUUUACACCUGAGCCCACUUGCAUAUAGCACCACCAGUCAUAGUUGUUAACUGGGAUCUAUUUCUCCAGAGAAGCGGACUUUUAAGGUUUAAUAUCGACAGUAAAUUUAGGGUGUUUUACCAAAAUGCAAACAAGAAUAUUAACUUAUUGUACAAACAAUAUAAAAUAUAUCUGUUUAUGUAUGAAUUUGACCAAAAAUAGCAUUUUAUUUCAUAGUUUUCAGGCCGUUCAUUAGAAGCUUCAUCCAAAAGAUAAAGCCGAGUUUUACCCUGGCAACCCAAGAAUAGCUAUCAUCAACAUUUUUAGAGUGUUUUAAUACAUUUGUGAGUGAUUUUAAAACAUUUAUAAUAGAGUGCAUAUUUAAACAUCUAUACAAUAUAUAAAAUCAGUAUUCUAAGCCAGUUUGUCGUGAAGGAAACCACAAAAUGUUGCUAGAAAGACCCAACAAUCUGGUAAAUGGUGCCCACCGCCAUCUACGGAUUAACAGACACAAAGCAGGAAAUCUCAUGCUUUUACACCCACAUCAAAACAUAGCUGAGACUUUUAUAGUUUCAUACCCCUCGGCAUUUCUUUACUGCACACUUUCCUGCGCCCCCUCACACCCACCUCACAACCCUAGAAGCUACAAUCACACAGUGGCUAAAGCCAUGAAGCAGAGACUCGCUCCUGCACUAUCACUGGCCUUUAAGGGAAGGUAGCUUAUAGGGCUGCUGCUGCUUUAUAGAGGGUAAGGGUCUUACGUGAUUUGUUUUUGAUUGAUCUCAGCUAUCUGGGCAGCGUUGUGACCCGGUCCCCUACGCCGCAAUAGGUAAGGGUCGGACCCAUGUCUGAGAGGGGAGGGGUCAGCAGGGGGAGGGCUCUAAUCACUCUCUCCUUUAAAGGGGAAUCGCUUUGGGUUGUGCCUCUGUGCUGGAUUCAAGUGAAGUACGACUAAUGGUAAUAAUGACUGCAGGACACAUUUGUCAAUACACUUUCACGGUACAGUAAGCCUGCUGUGGCGUAGGCUGCAGUAAUUAGGCUUGUGAGCAAGCAGGAGGAGUGGUUUUGGACUGUGGAGAAGCAUUUUUGUCUUUUGAUUGUUCGAGCAGAUAUGUUUCCCUGCACCAAAAAAAAACUACCAAAAGAAAAGCCUUGAAUCAAUAGAGGACGCACAUGAAUGAUAGACUGGAGUAUUCCCCUUUAAAGUUUUGUUCCAUGUGCAAAAUGCCAUGCAUGCAUUCUCUAAACUUCUCUCUACGACCAAACCAAUAACAACAAUUCUCAAACUAAAUUCUUUGUCACAUUUGUUGUCCUAAGUGCUUUCGUUUCUCUGUCAUGUGACUGUUUUUUAAUGGCCAUUUCCUCUUCCUGUCAUGUGACUUGUUCUUUAACGGCCAUUUCCUCUUCCUGCCAUCUCCUCCCGUCAGCAUGGUGAAGCCUCUGUACGCAGUGUUCAUGUUUAUGAAAGUGUGCUGUACAGUGUUUAUGUCUAUGGAAAUGUAUUUAACACGCUGUGGCCUCGACCCGCAGUUUAGUACUAUGAUGGAAAUGUUCUCUAUCUGUUCAGGAAUUCUUACAUUUGUCUCCCCCCCUCUGCUAAUGGUUCUCAAUCUCUCUCUCCACAGUGACAAGUGAUGGACAGCCUCUCUAAAGCUUUGUGUUUCGUUGCCUUUUUGAAAAGAUACAUGUUUGGCUCAAUAACCUGACUUAAUAAAGCAUUAAGUUGGGUUUUGACGCAGUUUGAUUAAAAUUCUUUGAGCCAAAAUGAACCCUCUUGCGCCUGAAUGUUAAUGCGUAAAGUUUUUGAGGGUGUUUGGAUUUAAUCUGCUUUAAAUGCAUCUCUCUAAUGGAGAUUGACAACAAAACCAGAGUAUUUGGUACGAGGUAAAACUGCUUAACUGUAUAAUAUGACCGUGAAGAUGCUUCAAUUUGAUGUGAUUAUCUUUUUCUACUGACUGACCAUUGAUUAUUUUUCAUUGAACGUAGCAUGUAUCACUCAUGAAAUGAAAAUAGUUCCCCAGGAUCCUUUUAAAAACGCCUGCACACAUUGCAUAUUAGUUCACACACUGUAGCAUCAACCCCAUACUGAAAAUAAAGGUAUUGGAAUAACUGAAUCGAUCAAACACGAUCUGCUUAAAGGAACAGUAGUUUGCUAGUUCCAGAAAUUAUUUUCAUUUUAUGAGUUUAAUACAACAACUGGAGCAAUAACGCCCAUUCUUCUGAAGCAGUCACUAUGUAAAGACCCAAACCUGUCGGAGCUCCGAUUUCAGUUUUUCUGAAAACCUGAAACCUUUUCUGUUUCAAAGAUCUCAAAACAUGCUCCAGGUUUUAAAAUUCUGAUUAUGGGACCCAAAUUCUUUCAACGACUUUACUCUCUACUCUCAAGGAGACGUUUUGUAGUCUGUGAAUGCAAAACUCUUUGCAACCUCGGACUGGUUCUUUAAUGUAAUGACUGUUUGAGAGGGCUCUCUCUAGCCAAUAAAUUCACCAAAUCCACUUCCAUUUUAUAUCAACUAUUCUUUCUUUGUUUUUCUCUUGCUCUUAGUGUGUGUCUAACUUUUAUCAUCCAUCAACGCAGAUAGAAAGUGGACAGUCAUCAUCCUAGUGAAAGGGCUCUCAGUAGAUGUGCAAAAGCUCAUAUUAUCAUAAGCUAGCAUUUGCUGAAUGUAGAAAUGCAAAAUGCCAUUCUUUAUUUUUUUUAUAUAUCUGGUAUGAAACCUAACAAGACUGUUGGAUUAAUGUAGGACAAUGUAUGCUGUGCUCUCUCUGCUCUUUCUAGGGAACCUCUAGGUGCGUCUAGUGAUCCUGCCGGGUCUGAGAGCUUACCAGCACUGCUACACCACUGUAUUACUAAAGCCAAAGGCGUGGCUGCCAACAACAAUAACAACACAACCUCUGCGAGGAGAACAGGUUUGUCCAAAGAUUCAAGAAACAAGGCAAGGCAUUAAUAGAGAAAAAAAAACACACGGGUGUUAUGUUACUCUUGGUCUUUUCCCUUUCAGGUGCGUGUCCCUCUCAGACCCAGCAGCAAUCUCAGACACCCCAAGAGGGAAAGGAUCUCAGCCUCCACAGAAAGAGGAAAAAGCAAAAGAAGAAGAACCCCUAUCACUAUUUGACCUCCUUACUGCACCGCAGGAAGUCAGAGGAGGACCAGACAGGCAUUCUGGCCAGUGCAGACUCUGAGGGCCCAAAUUAUGGGACUCUACACUGA